GGGCGUGAUCUCUGGGUGACAUCGCACUGAGUGGGGAAGUGGAGGUAAGGAUUUAGGAUUCUAAAAGAGUAAGUAUCAUCUUAGCUUGGAGGGUACUUACUAGUUGAAAGUUAAUGGCGCCUUGUUGAUAUUUUAAACGAAAUUGUAAUAUUUUAUUUUGUGUGAACUUGAUUUAAAACCAUUAUUACCCUGGUCUACCUUCUUUGGUGGGUAUUUUUAAGGCCAUUAUACACCAACUUUUUGGGUGAAAUGCCUUUUAUUAAAUAGGUUUAAUUCCUUUGGGGCUUAUUUACUAAACACAUAAAUAAAUUGGAAAAACAAAUAGCAAAAUUAUAAUUUUGAAAAAAAAUUCAAAUUCUGUUAAAAAGCCUGACUCUUUGAGACUAAUUUAGUAAUUUGGCUUUUCACUUGCUUGCAAUUCUCUGUGUAGUAAGUAAACAUUUGCACAUUUACUGUAGCUGUGGCACAAGGUUUAAUCAGAAAGGAGUUUAUUCACAAAACCAGAGAUUGUGGACUAUUACAAAUUAUAGUGCAGAGUAGAUAAGCCGGAGGAUGUCUACUUUUUCAGUUUGGCUAUUGUAACUUAACGUGUUACUCCAAGCACCAUAACCAGUUAAGUCAUUUGAAGUGGUCAUGGUGCCGGGUGGCUGUAUGCGCAGUUUUUUGCUAUGAAACGCAGCACGUGCAGAGUUUAACUCCUUGCUGGAGGUGUAUUUCCACCUCGCGUUCUGUGCUGGCUGUUAUUAGUUCUAUGAAUGUUUGACGUCUGUCGUUAGCAACGUCAGCCCUUCGGUGUCGCCCAUGUACCCCCUCAGUCCACUCUAUAGCCUGCUAUUUUUUGGGAGUGGGUGCCAGGAUAGCAGGAAUUACUUUGACUAAAAACCGUCUAGUUAAAACCUGUUUUUUUUGUUUGAUGUAAACUUUUAAAGAGGAAUUGUCCCUUCCAGAAGUGAGCUACAGCUCACUCCUUUUAAAUUUCAUGCAGCACUAUUAUAUGUGUGAAUGUCCUGGAAAAACCUGUGAAUAAAAAUAAAACUAUAAAGAAAAAGUCACAACCUUUACUUAGAUCUACCACCACAACAUAAAAAAUACCUUUUAUGUUAAAUUUAAUAAUAAAAUUGACGGUGCUGGAAUAUCAGUGCAAUCAAAACUAAUCAUAAGACAAUGUAGGGGCUACUUUGUCUUUUGGUCGAACAAAUAGUUGUCAAAAGGCUGAGCUUCUUCCGUCAUGAUCUGUCAGUUCCCACAUUCAUUGCUAGUGAUGGUUGCUGGAAGCUCUGGCUGUACCCUUGGAGAGUACAGCAGUGACAUGGUAUCCUGGCAGAUGAAUUGCCAGAAGCCGAAGAAAGAAAAUAAUUGUGCCAUUACCCUUUUCCCUCGGGUCAGCACACAAGUGGGAUUUCUCAUCUUGUGUCUUUGCAAAAUAUACAGAGAGAGCCACUUUACAAUUUGCAAGUCCUUUCUUAAAGGGACAUUAUAGGAACCCAGACCACUUCAUUUCAUUGAAGUGCUCUAAGUGCACUGUCCUUGUCCCCAUAACCCUGCAAUCUAAAACAUUUUUCAAUGCUUUCCUAUGAGGAGGUCUUAUGCGCGUGUGCAGCAUUGCCGCGCUUGCGCAUUAGGUCUCCCCUGCCGCCAGCCGCGCAUGCACAAUAGGUCUCCCCCGCCGGAUGACGUUGGCGGGGGAGGAGCGUGGGCGGACUCUGAACCAGCGCCGAGAGAUAUCGGCGCUGGAUACAGGUAAGUCACUGAAGGGGUUUUAACCCCUUCAGCAACCUGGGAUGGGGGGUGGGAGGGAGAGGGGACCUGCAGUGCCAGAGUCCCUUUAAUGCAUUGCACAAGGACGUCCAGCAUCUUCAAUGAAAGCUUUGAAUUAAGUGGUGCAUUCGGUUCCCCUUUGGCGCUAACGUAGGAAUGGACGGGGCCAGUGCCAAGGGAUCUCAUUGCUGGAAUAAGAUGAGUGUAAAAAAGUUUUUUUAACACUUCAUUUUAUGGUGAGGAGGGGUGGGCAGAGGUACACUAUAGUGUUAGGAAUACAAUGUUAUAUUCCUAAAACUAAAGUGUUUAUUUAAGUUUCCACAAUUUGCUAUUCAGGGUUUGUUCACUGGACUGAAAAGUGUAGUAAAGGGAAACAGGAAUUUUCUAAAUUAAAGGAACUCUCCGGACCCCUAAUGCACUUUAUACAGCUAAAAAGCCGUUGGCAGCUAAACUCAAGAGGAAGACAAUUGCAAAGAGCACCUGCAUUGUAAAGUCUGCAAUUGGACAGCCAAAGAAAGUCUGGACUGGGUUAGUAGGUGAGGGCUUGCAAAGGCAACAGACACAAGAACUGCAGCUUUGGAAGCUGUUUUUAGAUAUUCCCUUAAUGAAAAUAUGUAUAAUUAAAUGCAUGCAUGUUUUCAUUUGAGGUAUAUCUACUAAACAGUGAUUUAAAAAAAAUGGGCAGUGGAGUGUGCCUUUAAGGUCAAAACAGCUGGGGGGAAAGGGGUGGAUCCUAAAUGUCACAAUAUUGCCAACUUGUCCAUUUGGUAUAAAUAUUACAAGUGUUUACUAUUAAUUCAUUACAAUACACGGCUUUCUGAAUAAACUACUUUUUACAGAAUUGUUACUACUUGUCUAUUAAACACCCCCUCUGUAGUUUUACAGAAGAGGCCUCCAACCAAUGUGUUCAAAUUAGAAUGAAGCAUCACAUAUAAUGUACCAUCCUCAUCUCUAAGUCUGCAAUAGUAACUUUCUGCGGAACAAAGCAUUGCAUAUACAACCUUAUGACUGACCAGGCAAUGUGUAGAGACUUUUAAUUUUUUUUUUAAUGUGAGUAUGAAUCUGUUUAAUGGUAAGUGUUAACAUUUUAUUUUCACUUGUCUAUCUUUUGAUUAGGAUGCUUAUUUUGAUUAUUUCCACCCUGUUUCUGGGGUCCAUCGGAAUUAUUUACCUGCUGGUCAUCUGGAAAGGCUGGACACUGGAAGGAUGGCUGUCUAAGUUUCGGAGACAGCGUUGCCUUUGUGCCCUGUCCAAGCAAAAACAGCGCCAGAUUCUAGAGAGAGAUACAAAAAAUGCUCAAGGCACCCAAGAGAUGUUAUUACUGGAAAUACUGCAGAAGCUUGUGGACACAGAGCGUGGGAAGGAGUACCACUUUAAUGAAAUUAAAGGUAAAGAUUAACCCAUGAUUAUUACAUUGACUUUGAAACAUAACUUAAAUGUUAUACUUAAAUGAGGAGACUGAAACUGUUAGACAAGCUAAAUAAUGCAUUAAUAGGAUCCUUCAAGAGCAUUCCAUUUUUUUUUUUUUUCGUUUUACAAAAAAUGCAGAUUUCAAUGGAAAUUGGCACUUUUAUAAAUUAAACUUGCUGGCUGUCAGACAACAGGUCCUGUUACUUCCUGGUUUGGUUAGCUAAGUGGAUCUAAACUUAACUUAAGAGAGCAACCUGCCUUACAAAAAAACGUAUCAUUGAGCUGCAUUUGGAAGUCUGUGAUUGGACAGCCGUAGAAAGUCUGGGCAGGGUUAGAAGGGGAGGGCUUGCAAAUGCUACAGACACAAGAACCCCAGCUUUUGCAAGCUGUUUUUAGAUAAACCCCCAUGAAAAAACGAAUAAAUGCAUGCAUAUUUUCAUUGGGGUUUAUUUAUGUGGACAGUUUAGUGUCCUUUGAAAGGAAUGCCAUAUGCACUGUUAAUGCUCAAUAUCAUUGAAGUGGUUAUAGUGUAUGGAGUUUAAUGGUGCCAGCAUUCAAUUCAGCCCAUCCAUUGUAUGCUGUUUGAUAUAACGAGGCAGUAUUAGCUUGAGCAGCAGUGUACAGUUGGGAUUGGCUGAGGGUGUCAGAUGACCACUUUCAUCCUAUUACAGUGUCCAUGAAUUGGUAUGGCUAAAAGGGAGUGGGUAUUCUCUGCCUUAGUCAUACCUCCAGUGGUGGCUGAGCUGUGGACAGUUAAGGACACUUAUGUAGUGUUAAAUUGUUUGAACAUGGUUUAAAACUGAAUGGAGGCACUAUAAUCAAUUCAAUGAUAUGAAAUGACUAUAUUGUCCUGUCCCUGUUUACUUGCACGUAACUUAUCACGGCAGCAAUAUGUAAAAAUAUCUAGUGAAAAUUCCACACCUUCAUCAAAACACUUUGCAAGAGGAACCUAGAACUAGAAUUUACUAAAAGCUUGACAGCUACUUCAUAAUUUGUGCUUCUGUAGUUUAAUGGAUAUUUCAGCUUGAAGUGGGCCCCGAUUUAUAAAUGCUUUUAAUUAUUAAAUAAAGAUGCUUGUCUUUCCCCUGAUAUUCAAAGUAUUUUACACUUAUUAAGCAAUACUGUACCUUUAUUUGCAUUGGGAGUGCUAUGAGUGUCCCAUAAACUGCAAAAGUGAACUGACCUCCUUUAUAGUUUAUGCAGGUCAGGCAGUAGUUCCAUUCGUCAAAAACAAUGAACAUUUUAUGAAGGUAAAAUCUUUAUACAACUCUCAUAAAGACUGUGUUGAACUUUCUGAAACUCCAACCCUGUCAAAAGAUAUAAUUAGGCAAAGUAGAAAGCGUGUGUAUUUUUCCUACACAAAAGGCUUUUUUUUUCUUUUUUUUUUUUUGACAAAAGGCUCCUUAUAUGGGGGAUUGUGUGGUCUUGCUGGAUCCUCAGUAUUGUACUCACCUGCAUGAACUAGAGUACAGUGCUAAAACCUACCUAACAUUUUGGCCACUGCACAGUAAUCUUGUUAAGGUGACAACGCCACUUUAAGAAUGUAUCUGCCAUAGUACAGAGCAUAGGUGAUUAUCUGUGCAAAAAAUUUAAAAUAUGUUUUCCCAUUACAUUCACUCUUUUUCCUCUUCAGAUGUCUCCUCUUUUAAGAGUGUUCACCCUCUGACGCGUUACCACCAUUAUAAAGAUUACAUUGAUCGGAUGUUACAGGGAGAAGAUAAUAUUUUGCUGCCAUCAGAACCUUUCACAUUUGUCGCUACAGCAGGAACAUCAGGAUCAUGCACUGUAGUUCCUGCGAAAACCAGCAUCAUCAAUGAAAACUUUCUACAGGUAGUUUUAGACACCAAAAUUGUCUUGAGGGGAUGAACUAUCACAAAAAGGGUUAUGUGGAAGAGUGUGUAUACAUAGAAGUUUCAUGGAGCUUACCUGAGAAAGUUGUUUAAAAUAGAGGUUGUGAAGAAAAUAGACUUGAUAUCGGGAUUUUCUUCUGUCAUUAGUUUAUUUCAAGUUUUAUUGGUUCGGUAGGUUAAACUACCGAACGCAGACCACCCUCCUGGCUCAUUAUCUACAAAGGGAACUGUCAAUUGAGCGCUCUCUGGGUGGCCGCCGUUCGUAUAGUCGAACGCCACGUGGAAGAGAAAACGGCAGCCAUCUUGUUUUCACGAAAGGGAGCAGCGGGACUUGGUUGUCGAGUGUCUGGAACUAAAAUCGGACACUCGACUUUCUGAACACCGCUGAAAUCAUUCGAACACCUGCUUCCUUUUGUUGCCGAACAGCUAGGAGAGCGCCGUUCGGUAGUUUGGUUCCCCCGAACAAGGGGAACAAUCGCUCCUAUGAGCCAGGAGGCUCCGUUCAUGGUUUUAUUCAUUUUUAUGUACUUUUUGAAAUUGACUGGCUGCACACACUGAAUUCAUGGAACUGUUUUAGGCAGGAGCCUCGUGUGCGGUCGGUGAACUAAGACUUCCACACUUUUUGAGAACCCCUGAACCGAUCUGGGUGAAAUUUUAAUAUGUUGGUCUCCCAGAUCAGGGCUAUCAGGGGACAUGUCAUUUGUGGAGAUACCUUGUGUGUAAAGGGGUGUUCCAAGUUUUGGGGAAAUUGUGUGUCCUUUGCCUGGAGAUAAUUGGGUUAUCUUUUAACUUAUCUACUUAUCUCACAGACAGAGGAAGGGAGGGUUUUACUGUAAAUCUGCAUUAUCAUUGGUUGUCCAUUUUGUUUACUGUGGGAGGUCCUCUUGCAAGAGGAUUUCCAUAAAAGCCAGUGUGGCAUCCAUAGGCGUGUGCCUGUGCACACCCUAAUCCCCGUGGCACCCCCAUGGAGUGAGACCGGCAGGGGAGAUCUCAGGAUCUCCCCUGUUGGCUCAUGCAGAGCCGGCGCGCUCUGCUCUCAGUCUCCCUCCCCACUGCAGCAUGGAGGGAGGCAGGAGAGGACCCGGGGAGCUCAACCAGCAGCUCCGCCGGGUUCCUCUCGCAAAAUCUGAGCGUUGCCGUGGAAACGCUCAGAUCUCACGAGAGUGAACUCUAGCCCCAUAGGGGCUAGAGUUCACUCUCCACUGGACCACCAGGGAAAGCAGCAGGAACAAGAAUCCCCCCUCCCUUCUUACCUUAUGUAGGAUAUUAAGUAAUGUACCCCCACCUCCACCCCCCACAAUCACACACACAUACAGCGCACGCACGCACACAUACAGCGUGCGCACACAUACAGCGCCCGCGCACGGACACAUACAGUGCCCUCAAACCACCCUCACGCAGCACACACACACACACACACACACACACACACACACACAGCAGUGUAUGUAUGUGUGUGUGUGAUAUAUACAUACACGCGGCAUGUGUUUGUGCUUUAGGGUGCACACCCUAAUGCAAUAGGCUGUGCACGCCUAUGGUGGCAUCAAUAAAACAUUAUUCCUGUUGUACCCUUCAUGAAGUCUAGGCUCAUGCUUGGGUAACCUUUUAUUGGCUGGGGAGAUUCAUCUUGGAAGCUGCAUUCAUCUUCACUAUUCCUCUAGACUCUAGCUGUAGCUAUAAUCACUUAUGCGCAGCAAUACGAAAGGGAAUAGGCAAACUCCAUAACCACUGACGUUCGUAACAGAGGUUAUUCAAGGGGUGAGUAAGGGAGUAAUUUAUAGGGUCAUAUACCAAUAGAGUUGUAGAAAGUGAGGCUCUAACAAAGUGAUUACAUGUUAUUUAUUUAUUUCCCUCUACAUCAGUCAACAGUCUCCCAUGUCAGCUGUCUGUGUUCAUGUGACCCCUCUUCCUAGGAUCUGUUAAUUUUGCCUGGAAGGCUCAAUAUGCAGGGAUGGAAGAGUGUAUCAACACAGUGCUCUUCACUGUCACUCCCAGUGGACCUUCCAUAAGCAAUCCUGAAAAGAUGGGUUUUGAGGGACUUCUUAAAGGCUUGAAGACUAGUCUGACAGCGGUAGGCAGGCUGUUCCAAAGGAAAGGAACCGCCCGUGAGAAGUCUUGCAGGCGUGAAUUUUCAGUAAGGGUGCGAGCAGCAGACAGGAGAAGGUCACCAGUAAAGCAGAGAGACAGAGUGGGGGCAUACCUAUGAAUCAGUGAAGAAAUGUAAGAGGGGCUAGAGUUAGGGUUAGUAAUUUAACUUGGCACCUGUAGGGUACAGGAAGCCAGUGUAAGGAUUUGACAGAUGGGUGAGGUGUGAGAGGAGCGACAGGAGAGGAAGAUCAGCCUGGCAGCAGCUUUCAUCACAGAUUGUAGGGUGGCAGUACGGCUUCUGGGGAGACUUAUUAGGAGAGAAUUACAGUAAUCCAUGCGAGAUUACUAGAGCAGGAACAAGCUACUUGGCAGAAUCUUGCGUAAGAAAGGGGCGUAUGCGGGCAAUGUUUUUAAGCUGGAAUCGACCGGUUUUAGCAACAGACUGGACAUGAAGCGCAAAGGUGAAGCCAGGAUCAUAUGUUUUACUAGCAGUGUAUGUAUGUUAUGUAUUUGUUAAGAUGUGCAGAUAGCUAAAAGUUUAUGUGUGCAGAAAGUAAUCGUGUGAUGAUAUAGAUUCAGGAGUUGGUGGUAGCAUUUUAUUCUUAAAUGGACAUUUUAGUUUAAUUAAGUUGUUGCGUGGUAUAGAUCAUGCCUCUGAAUUCUCACUGCUUAAUUCACUGUCAUUUAGACGUGAAAUCAGUUUGUUAAAACAGCCCUAGCCACUCCUUCCCGGCUGAGGCUUACACAUUUCUCCUACACAUUUCAUGAAAAAGAGUCUUCAUUUUUUAGUUUCCCUUAUUGCACAAUGCAUUUAAUUUAGCAUUUCUUAUAUGCUACUUUGUUACUUUCCCACAAGACCAGGGGCCAUCAACCUGUGGCACAUGUGCCAUGCAUGGCACUCGACAUGCCUUUGCACGGCACUCAAGGCUGCCAGAGCUAAACAGGCUAUCUUCUAGUGCCAUCCUAGCGGUGAUUGCAGGUGGUGAAGGACAAUCAUCAAUUUAUGCAUUGCAGCACUUACAGGAAGUGAUCUCUGAUUAUUUCUUUCCCGCACUUGUGAACUGGAAUUUCCACUGGGGUAAAGCAGCCUGCAGCAGCUAUAGCAGCUACUACCCUUGACCUGCACCUGCACCAGUCCGGUCCCCAGGGAAGCAACCCAUAAUGCUAGGUAUACAGAAAGCCCAAAUAGCCCACACACACCGUCUCCACAAACACAACACCUCUGACAAUCCACAUACACGCACACAACCCCACAAUCAGCCUCCUACAUGAAAUACCACAAGCAGCCCCACAUGUAUACACACCACCAAACAUAUCAUCCACACACACAAUUUCACAGGCAGCCCCCAUACAGACCAUAUUCAUAGGUAUCAUACACAAUACCACAAACUAUCAAUAGAUAUGCAGAACACUGCAACAUGCACACCUCAAUUUAAGAAUAUAGGACCGACAUGCCAAGAGACUUCAAGAUUUUAGUUCAACACAGUACUACUAAAAGGUUCCUUACUCUCACAUUAGAGCCUUCUGUGUGUGGUUAAAGUACAAGUAAAAGAGCUACAUACAUUUAUUCUAAAGUAAGCACACUAUGCUGUAAGCUGAUUAAAAAUAAAACUAUUUUUUUUCAUGGAGGCUGUGAGUCACAGUCAAGGGUCACAGGCUUGCCUGACAUGAUGAAAGUUGCAGAAAACCAGGUCUGAGCCACGGUUAUCCAGAGUUUGUUUUUAACCCAAAGGAGGAUUGUGAGAGUAAUUCCAUUAAAGUUGCAUGUAAGGACAAUUCCAGGAUGCAUAUACACCUUGCUUCCUAAGUGGAAUAGUAAGAGUCUACUCCAUUGCAGGCUAACCAACAAAUUAAGUUUUAAAAAUUAUUUUUGCACAGAUGUAUCGGUCUCUUGGAGAUUGCUGUUUACAUGUCUUUUCCACAUUUUACCUAGAGAAACUGAUGUAAAGUAGAGUAUGUUUGUGACUGCAUUUAAACCUGAUAAUUAGUUUUUAAUGUCUAAACACUAAAACCAGGCAUUACUAUGUGUUUCUCAUCUCCUAUUAAUCUCUAUAGGAGAUAUUAAAGGAUCACUAAAGCUAGUUAAGAAUACAAAAGCUUUUUACCUACCCUUUUCUUAGGGACCUGAUGCACAUGCGCAAUCAAUGCUGUGCUUGCAUCCAUGCUUCCCUCUAGGAAAGCAUUGAAUCAAUGAUUUCGUAUGCAUCACGUGAAGCGGAAGAGCCUCCAGUGGUGGCUCUCCGUGUAACAAUGUUUAGCAAUGUUUUACCUUGAAUUCCUAAAAGAAUACUCCCAAAAUGUAAUCUAAAUUAAGUCUUUAUUUAUUCUAAAUAAAGUUGUUAUGGUACGAGUAGGCACCAGGAAAAACGCUUACCUUCAGGGGUUAAACCUUUCUCAAAUAAAAGCAGCUCACUUAGUGCUGUUGGGGCUGCUCCCCAUACAACUUUCCUCCCCCCUCCAUUUGUAUAAUAUAACACAUACAGAUACAUACACAGACACUCAGAAUGACAUGCAUUCAGAUACACAGAAUUACACUUCUACAGAUACAAACACUGACACACAUGCUGAUACACAGACACAAAUACAGAGAGAUGCAGAUACACAUACACAGAAUGACAAACAUACAGAUACAAACAGUGACACACAUGCAGAUUCAUAUGGGCACACACUGACACACAUGCAGACAGAUACUCAUACAGACACGUGCAGAAAAACAGAUACACAUACAGACACACAUAUAGAUACGCAUACAGGUAUAAACAGUGAUACACAUACAGAUACAUAGGGGCACAUGCCGAUACACAUACAGACACAGAUAUACAUACAAACAUACAGACAAACACACAUUCUGACACACAUAAACAGACAUUCACGCACAUACAUACAGAUGCAGACAGACACACAGAUACAGACAUUCACUCACACACACACAUAUGGAUAUACAGAUAUUCACAUACAGACACACCCUCCUGUUUCCUACCUUUUGGUGCAGGAGGGUGACUUUCCAGUGGCUGACACCCUGUUCUCCUCCCGCGCGGCCCUGUAUAUGCUGGGAGGCAGUGACGGUUCCUCCCAGUGAGCGCUCUGAUGUCAUCAGUGGGGUCAUCCAUUACCAUCAGAUGGGUCCCUUCAUUGCUCCACGCGGCUUGGGUCUCACCACAAUGCCAGCGGGCACCCCGGUCGCAGGGGUCGGCAGAGCAGUAAAAAGUGUUCUUUAUCUUGCAAUAUUUUGCACAGGGUCUUAAAUUUAGUAUAGAAGCAAUAAUGCUAUUUUUUUUUUAAUAUACAGUAGGUAUGUCAAAACUAGAUAAAUAAGCACCCUGAAGGCGUUACUAGCAGCUAACUGAAAAUGGAAGCAUAUAUACAAUAUAAAUUGAGGGAAAAAGAUAAAUUGAGGGAAAAAGAUAACGUAGUAUCAAACAUUAGGUGCCAUCAAGAUAUACAAAAAAAAACAAUUUAAAUUGUGUACAUUGACUUUUAUGCAGCUAGUUCACAGUCCACUAUGUCUCCUAUAGUGGCUCAGAUAGUAUAAAUCCAAAAUUCUAGAACCGAACCAGCACAUACAAGAUUUUUUUAAAUGCAUUUCAGUGCUGUAGUUUAAAUGAAGGACAUGCAAUACAGACAUGUCUGGUCACAGACACUUUAGUGUGAAAUGCCAUUCACAUUGAUAAAGGAUCUUUGACUCGAUAAGUUUGUGUUUUGCAUGUCCUUCAUUUAAUGUCAGCAGAAUUUAAAAAGAAUGUCUGCAUUUUUGCAUAAUGCCCACAUACAGUAAAUACAGCUAAAUCAUAUAUUUCUAGAAUAAAGGUAUUUAAAACUGAUAUAGCAGUCUUUGUCAAUAUCUGGAAUGCUGACAGUUAAAUGGUAGAGUCGAUUCAUGCUUCCCCCCUCCCCGACUGUAGGAAUUAUAUGAACCAUUGAAACUUCUGUUACUGUUUGGAAACAGUGGAUGGGCUUACAUUUUCUGUAUACUUGCAAGUAUUACAUCCAUGAUUAGUACCUUCUACAUAUGUUAGUCAUUUCUAUAGAAUAAAUGAAGACGAGUGAGACUUUAUAGACUAAAUUUCAUUCAGUUUUAACUUGUGUUUGGUUGUGAAGGGAUUAAGAGGGAUUUGACUUAUAGGGGAGAUCUAAAUAAAAUAUUUAUUUAUUUUUCCUAGGGUACAAUGGUGUGUCUUGAAGUCAUUCAGAACAUCUUCCCUGGAGCUUUAGAAAAUGUAGCCCGGUUCCACUUCCCAGCAAACCAGAAUAAAUUUGAGACACUAAAAAAUUUCAGUACAUGGUCAUAUGCCUCAUCUUCCCUGUUCUUGAAGGACAUGUGCUGCACUCCCACACCACUUCCCAGCAUGACUCACCAUGAGGUGAUGUACACACAAAUACUGUUUGCCUUGAAGGACCCUUGUGUGACAGUGCUUGAAGCCAACUUUUCCUGGAUUCUCCGUGAAGUGUUCUCUUUCAUGGAGAGUAAUUGGGAGACAAUGGUUACUGAUAUUCAGCGAGGGUAUCUCAACACAGACUUGAAAAUUCCUCAGGAGAUAAGAAGACAUUUGGAAGCUUGCUUAAUUCAAGAUUCCAACCGAGCUGCUGAUCUAAAAACCCAAUUUGAGAAUGGCUUUUGUGGGCUUGCCAAGAGAAUCUGGCCAAAACUGCAGGUGGUUAUGGCUGUGGGAUCUGGCAGCAGUGAACUGGAUACACAGAUCCUAAAGAAUACAGUAUGUCAAGGAAUCCCAUUUUAUUCUCCAACAUAUUGUUCAGCAGAAGGUAAGGUAAAAUAAAUGCUGUGCUAGUAUGGUGUACCCCAGAUUACCCCUCCCAGCAAUUUCAGUGAGUUCUCUUGCCUUUAUGCACAUUGAGAGCUUAUUUGAGUCAGUGUAUACCUCAUGCACAUUCACACUAUUGUACAUGCUGAUGGUACAUCAACCUCACAUUAUAGCCUGAAAGAUAUUUUCAGAUUUCACAGGUUACAGACUCAGAAGGCAUGCAUGGAUUGUGCUUGUGCUGAGCUGAGGAGGGAUUGUGGACAAGGGAAGUGGAAGCAGAACUGAAGAGACUUAUAUAAUGGAGGGGAAACAUUUCUGUUAAGGCAAUUUGUUGUCCUAUGUGCGUGAAAUCUGCACGCACACAGUUCAACAGGUUUCUGCUUGCAGGGGUGCUCACAGCGCUGCCUGCAAGGGAAGUAGCUGGUUACAUCUGUUGCCAGCGCACACAAUGCACACUCAUGACAGACAUAUUUUACACAGGACUCAAAUUAGGUAGUCCAGACAGAGUUCUGGGCAGCCCAAGUCUUUGUUUUUCUUAUUUUGACCAUGUGUUUGUAUACUGUAUCUUUCAUGUUACCUCCAUAAGUUUCGUUUUUCUUUCAUGCUUGUAUUUCUCAUUUCCUCUCUUUUUGACACACAAUGAUUUUCUCACUUGCCUUUUACCAUUUCCUGAAAUCAGAUUAUCGCUUUCUUUUCACCUUUUCUGCUCUUUCACUCUCUUGCAUACUCUUCUUUUCUGACUUCACACAACACCUUCUUAUCCCCAGCUAAUGUGACUCCUCCUCAGGGCUGAUUGGAGUGAAUCUUUGGCCAGAGAAUGCUGCCUCACGUUAUGUGCUGUGCCCACGCUCUGCGUUCUUUGAAUUUAUUCCACUUGGUAUAUGCAAGGCGGAACAGCCAGACACUGUCUGCUUGCAAGAUGUGCAAGUCGGGGAAGCUUAUGAACUGGUUAUGACUAAUAGAGCUGGACUUUGCAGGUUAGUAGAAAGUUGUGGAAAAGAUGUUUGGUCAUCAUAGUGUAUAAAUACAACAAAAUGCAUGGCAGCACUGAUAAAACCAAACCCUUCUUAUAACACGAUGUAUAAAAAAGAUACUGUAUAAUAUCCCAAAAGACCAAAUGGUAAUGCCAAACACCCAAAAAGUGUACCUCACAUACACCCAAUAUAAUAUAUAACAAACCAAGAAAUAUAUACCACACCGAAAACAGGGUGAUAGUAUAAAUUAAAGGGGUAGCAAACCAAUGUAAUAAAACAUACAACCUGUAUGUAAUAGAACAAGUCUUGGCAAAUCGAAAAAUAUGAAAAAAAUCAUACAAUGGUGAAGUAUGUACAAAGCACCAAGCUCAAUCCCGAAGGUAGAGAACUUACAAACAGUAUUGUCGAUCUGUGCUUAUCUCCCUCUUAAAGGGUAUCUCAGAACAGCAAAAGGACUUCUUUUCAAGGAGGGCUUGUAGGUGUAGAUCAGAAUAUAUACAAAGACUCCAAUCCUCAAAUGAGAAAAAUAUAUAGAGCAGUAUUGUCAACCAAAAUACAUUUAUUGAUACUGGUUACACUUACAUAGAAACUGUGUAUAAUCAGCAUAUCUCCACUCAAACGGUGGUACCAUGAGAAGGGAGGUCCAGCUUCAAUAAGUAAAACAAUAAAAGAGAUAACAAUAAAAAUAAAAAAGGAAAAAAGAUAGGAACUAAAUGUCCCAAACAAUAAAUCCAAUGCGUUUCAUCCUGUCACAUUAUGAAAGAAGGAUUAAAAAAAUAAACCAAAAAUAAGCACUUUCUAAACAUCCAUUGUUUGGAGCAACUCCCAGAUGUCCUGCAGUGAAGUUUGCAGGAACAAGGAAGAGGCUGAGAUGUGUCUUUGAAAUGUUUUCAGUGUAUAUCUCAUGACCCCUUGAUCUACACAGUGUAAUGGAUCCUAAACUAGAGAACAUGCAUUCUGUAAGCUGUCUUGCUGAGCAGGCAGUGGACUAAUGGAUUCCCAAAACAUUCCAUCAUGAAAGUGUAAAAUAAUGAAAGCAAUAUAGGCCAGCAUCAUUUCAAUGAGGGUGGAUGGGUUAGUAACAACAAAACCAUAGACGUAGCUACAGUAACGGGACAUGGUAAGAGUGGUACAAAGACUUCCAAGGUUUGGGUCAACCAAUGGAGUGGGGAACCAAGAACUCUCUUGGCAUAAAUUACUAAUACUAAUGUCCUGCGCUACGUUUUUCCUAGGAGUGUUUCCAUGUAGUUUGGGCAUAAGGUGUCCCAGUUAUUGGAGAGGGAUUUGAGAAAAAGGAUGAGAGCGCAAAACAUUAAAGGACCACCAUAGUGCCCUGAGGGUGCCCCCACCCUCAGGGUCCCCCUCCUGCCGGGCUGGAUGGAGAGGAAGGUGUUAAACUUACCUUUUUCGGAAGCAGAAGCCCUCUAGCAGCUGUCAAUGAGACAGCCACUAGAGGCUGGAUUAACCUUUAUAUAAACAUAGCAGUUUCUCUGAAACUGCUAUGUUUAUAGAAAAAAGGGUUAACCCUAGAUGGACCAGGCACCCAGACCACCUCAUUAAGCUGAAGUGGUCUGGGUGCCUAUAGUGGUCCUUUAAUAAGGAAGAAGAUAUACAAAAAGGUAGUGGAAAUGCUGUAGAGAGGAAUAAUAUGAUAAUUGGUGUUGAUUCUUGCACACCAUAUAGAAUAUUCAUAUUGGCCAGUCUCCAGUGCGAUAAGUUGUAGAUUGAACUUGGCCCUUUUUUGGCAUCCUCUUUGUGUAGGACGUGUUAGUUUGGAGUAUCUGUAUGCUCCGAUAUCUUAACUGGUCACAGUGGGUGCAACUCCUUCAUUUUGGAAUAAGUAUUGCAGGAAUGCACAUUGUAGAACACAAAGAUUCCCUAUUAUAUGUCUGAGGGUUAUUGGUUGUGAGCCUUUUAUUGAAGACUUACAGAAUGCCUGUAAACACAAUUAUGAUUUUUUGUUUUUGUUUGCGUGCAAUAAAAAUAGAAGGAAUAUUACCCACAGCAAGAGACUGAAUGUCUGGCAACAGAGCAUCAAUCGGUGGAGUGCCAGCAAAAACUGCAGGGUUUCAUACAAAGAAUUAAAAUCAGCUAGACACACACUGAGCAAAUCUUUAUAAAAAAAAACCAUCUCACAACUUCUAAACCAUGCCAGAGAAUUUUAUGCGCAAUGGAUAAAUAAUUUUUGUAUGGUUGUUUCAUCUUUCCUCCUUUACUUAUUGUGUGCUUGGUUGGUUCUUUUUUUACUUAAAAAGUAUGGAAUUAUAGUGUAGCACUUAAAAAUACAAACAAAUAAGUGCAAAAUAUCCACUCUUCUAAGGUGUCACAACACCUGUGAACAAUCAAUUCACAGCAAAUAUGCAAUAUAUUUGUCAAAAGUGCUCAUGAUGCAAUAAAACACUAAUUUUAUGUGUAAAACCUUAACAUGUAAUUAAUGUUUUCUUGCAUUAGCACUAUAAUUCCAUACUUUUUAGGUUUACACAUGAUAGUGGUGAGUAGCUAAAAGUUUUAUUCCAUUUUUUUUCUGUAGUUUCUUAAAUAUCUGACAAUAGGAUGUAGAGGAAGUCAUUCUGUACUCAGGCGAUAUAGCUGAGCACAAUUUAGUAAUUUUUUAUCACAGUAUAACAUAUAAAGAUGACAAAAUCAAUAAAUUGCAAUGUGCAUGUAAAAAAUAAAUUUACCUACAAAUCAACAUAGCCACACAACAGGUAGAGAACCUGUCUUUCUCUGUACCACCACCUCACUUUCCUAACACAAUCAAACCAAGUUACCUUGACAAGGUACUCAUCCUGCCAAAUGUUACUCUGUUUUUGUGAGUUUUCUUUCUUUGUUUUUCUUUUUACACGAUUCAGCUUUAAUUUCUUACUACCAAACAAAGUCAUCCUGGCCCUGGACACUAGAAACCGCCUCCACUGCACUCUAGUUCGAGGCCAGGUGAAACGUAAAACAAAUCCAAAUGCAUGACUAUGUUAACUACUAUGUGAAUAACCUUUACUAUGUUAACCCUUUACUUUUGUUAAUCGCACUGUUUUAAAAAUGAACAUGUACUUUUGCCAAACACUAAAAUAAAACUAAAUAAAGAAUUGUAAAAAUAAAUGUGAAAAUAAAAUAAUACUAUCAAGUUUGAAAGAAAUUGAUGUUAAAAUGACUGUAUAAUAAGGCUCAAAAUACACCAUAUGACAGGGGUAGGCAACCUACAGCACUAGUGCCAUGCACGGCACUCGAGGUAUCAGGAGUCCCAGUAAAACUUCAGAUAUCUGCUAAUACGAAGAGGUGGUGAAGGACAAUCCUCAAUUUAUGCAUUGCAGCACGUAGAGGAAGUGAUCUCGGAGCACUUAAUUCGAGCACUUGUGAAUGGGAACCCACACAGUAGUAGAGCAGCUCGCAGUUGCUGUUGCGGCUCCUGUCAUUGACCUGUAUCUGGCCGGCCUGGUCCCAACUGGAACCCAGGGAAGCCACCCACACUGAUAGAUAUACACAGAAAUGCAGAAUAACCCUCCCCUCAUACAAAUAAUACGGACAGCCCACACACAAUCAUACACACAAUCCGCUUAAACGCAACACCACUAACAAUCCACAUACAUGCACACAACCCCACAUGCAGCCUCUCACAUGCAAUAUCCCAAACAGCCCCCACACACUACCAAACACACAAUGUGACAUAUCCAUCCACACACACAAUUCCACAAGCAGCCCCCAUACACAGCCCACAUUCAUAUGUAUCAUACACGAUACCAUAAACUACUCAUGAAAAUAUACAAUGUAAUAGCUCAAAUACAAUGAUACAAAGCAAUUACAGUAAAAAUAACACACGCAGAAUACGGCAGCAAACACACUUCAAUUUUAAAAAAAUAGGACCGGCACGCUACAGGACAUCACAAUCCUAUAUCGGCACAGUGCUGCUAAAAAGUUGCCUACCCCUGCCAUAUGACAUAACCCGUGAUAUCUACUUUAACAAAUGGUAUGAAUUUAUGGGGUAAUUUGAACUGUCAAACUUCUACAAUGCCCCAAAAUGCGUCGCGUCAAAUUCUUUUAUGAAAAUUCUUAUUGUAAAAACUGAAAUAGUCAGGUCUCUUAUAGGCACUGUAGUUUGCAGGAUAGUGCCAAAAGCAUACAUUGGGGUAUCACUAUACUAAGAAGAUGUAGUUGAAUGCAAUAUGUGGACAGGAAUAGAUCAGGCUUACAUACUACUUAUUAAACAAAACUUGUUUUGUUUAAUAUGAGAAAAAAAAAAAAAAUAAUAAUUUUACUCCAAUAUAUUGGCAAUUAAAUAAAUAAUAAAAUAGGUAAUAGGCGCUCACUAUAGUAGGAGGGAUCUAUUUGUGUGGGCUGCAGUGCAAGGCUUCCCAAACCUUUAGAAUGAACAAGCAAACAAGAAAAAUGGCGUAUACCGCGCCCAAGAAAUUAUACGUACAUUUAUCUUCAGAUAGUAUAGUACUUUAAACCUCAAGGUAACAGACAAAAGACACAAUAAUAGUGCAAUACAGUAUAUUAAAAUACAAGUCAGAAUAUUAUGUAGUAUCCACUCACAUUUACUUGAGCUCAGCUGUGUUGUGCAUGGACGGUACAAUCCCCUUCUACGGAUAUCUGAUGGUGUAGGCAGUAUUGGUGCUCCAAAGGCGUUAUGCAAGGAAUAUGGAUUAAAAAAAAAAAAUUUUAAUCCAUUUUAUUGUAUAUAUUUUUUUUGCUACAUUGUGUGCGCGAUAAAGAAACUACUAAUUUACUUCUAGCAAUUACAUUUUAGUUUUUUUACAUUUUAAUUAUUUGUAAUUUUUAUUAUGGUAAAAAAAAAUGCUUCAUGAAUGAUAGAAGUGUGACGUUUGUAAGAGUUUGCAGCUUUCGGAAGUUAUCAGUAACUGCUAGCCAUAUUGAUUAUUUAAUGGGAAAAAUUAUAUUAAUUAUAUUAAUGAAAAUGAAAUAUUAAGGAAAUUGGCAGCCCUUUUGUAAAUGAAAGGCAGUGGCUGGAUUUCUGAGUAUGACUGAGUGGAGGGCUUGUCAACUAUUUCUGAGAAUGGACAUGAAAGAGAAAGCUGAAGGCCAUAUAAUCUUGAAAGCGUCUUAUGGCUGAGCAUGAUAUAAUCAUAUCUUAUGCGGUUAUGAAUUGCUGGUCCUCUGUGCAAUUUAAAGGAACACAAUAGUCACCAGAACAACUACAGCUUAAUGUAGUUGUUCUAGUGAGUAUAGUUAGUCAAUGCAGGCUUUUUGCAAUAAGCGAAGGCUUUUUACAUUCUAGGGACACCUCCAGUGGCCACUCUUCAGAUGGCUGCUAGAGGUGCUUUCUGGGGCAGUGCCAACCUCUGCAUGGAGACCAUGAACUUUCCUCAGUAGAUUAAAAUAAAUGUAAGAUUUUACUGUAUUUAUGGGGUGCCAGCGGGGUAAAUAGUGUUUUUAACACUAUAGAGUCAGGAAUACAUGUUAGUGUUCCUGACACUGUACUGUUCCUUUAAGCCCCUGGAAAUGUAAAACAGCAUGCCUAGUAUUAGGUACAUCCCAGCAAAAAUCCUAUUAAAAGGACACUUUAGGCGCCACUUCAAUUAAAUAAAGUGGUUAUGUUACCUGACGUCUCCUGGUGCUUUUCAAUAGUUUUUGAUCCUUGCAACACUAAACGAGGUGGCCUGCAGGCUGGCCCACUGUGGCGGUAUUGGCUAAGGCAGAGUUAGUUGCACUCCGCCUUAGCCAAACCAAGCAGAAGGGGGGUUGCACUGAUACCUUUACCAACAGAGAGGCCACAGUUUUAAGUGAAUUUGUGUAAAAUGUCACUUCACUUAAAUAUUUUAACCCCUUCCUAACGCUAGACAGAUAUUUUCUGUCAUGCUUGUCCUAUCCUUAAGGACGCAUGACUGAUAAUUUCCAUCAUUUACUAAUGUUAACCCCAGAUCGCGGGGUUAACGCUCCUCUAGUCUGCCUCAGUAUCAGAGGCAGACCGGGAGCUCCCAAUCGCGCUCUCCCUGCAGCUGUGAUCUCUCAGACAGGCUGUCAGAGCGAGCACAUGUGCUGCAGGGACUCCUGGUCCACCUCCCUGUGCUUCCAUGGUCAGUGUGAAGUGCAGGGAGAUGGAUUAGUGCAGCGCAUCUUCUCCCUGUUUAAAAAAAAUUAAUUAAUUAAAAGUUAAAUCUCACCUCCCCCUUUCCCCUGCUUUAAUCAAAUUAACCCCUUCCUUGCCAUUUGAUCACUGACUAUUUUACUGUGAUCAGAUUUUUUUAUUUUUUAUUUAAUUAAUAAAAUAAAUUUAACCCCGGAGGGUUAAAAAAAAAAAAAAAGUUAACCCUCAGGGGUUAAAUGUAUUUUAUUAAUUCAUUUAAAUAUUUAAACAUUAUAUAUGUAGCUAGCUGGGGUGGGUGGAAGUUAUGGGGAAUGGGAGAAUUUGGUGUUAGGCUAGCUAGGGGUUAAAAAAGGUUUUAAAAAAAGCUUAAAAAAGCAAAUAAAUUAUGUUUUAAUAACAUUUUGAAAAAGUUAAAAAAAAAAAUCCCCUUUUCCCCUCCCAGUGCUAAUAAAAAUUAACUCCUUCCCUGCCAGUUGAUCACUGCCUACAAUGAUCAAAAUACAGUUUGGAGUAUUAUAUUGUGAUCUGAUUUUUUUUUUUUUUUUUAACACCUGAGAAUUAACUUAUACUUUUUCUAACCCUCAGUGGUUCAAUUUAUUUCAUUAAUGAAUUUAGAUAUUUUCAAAUUUUAUAUUUUGCUCGCUGGGGUGGGAGUUAUGGGAAAUUUACUGUUAGUGCUGCUUAUUUAGUUAGGGGUUAACGGUAAAAAAAAAAGUUUAUAAACAUUUUAAAAGUGUAAAAAAGUUUCAAUAAAGUUUAACCCCUUCCUGAGCUUGGACGUACUAGGUACAUCUGACAAAAAUGGUCCUUAAGGACCUCGGGCGUACCUAGAACGUCUGCGGAAUUCCUACUUACUUACCUGAUAGCUGCAGUUCCCCUGCCGGCGAUCGGUGUUCCUCUCCAUAUAGGGGGAAUGUCUGGCAGCCCAGAUAGUCCCCCCAUGGCAAAUUAGACACCCCAGGCCAUGUGACUGCUCUUAAAGAGUAUUAUAUAUAAUUUUUAUUUUUUUAAUCUUGUAUAUAAAGUCAUAGUAAGUGUACGUUUUACUGUUUUGAAACACUAAUAUUUGUGUUCAGCGAAGUCUCCCGAGUAUAACAGAACCCGCCAUGUACAGGUUUUAUAGUGUUUUUGAAAGUCUCUGGGUCAAAUAUAAGGCUUAAUUUUCACUUUUCUCACUUUAAAAUUACCAGAUUGAUUGUUUCCUUUGAAAACGUAUGGUAGCCCAGGAAUGAGAAUUACCCCCAUGAUGGUAUACCAUUUGCAAAAGAAGACAACCUAAGGUAUUGCAAAUGGGGUAUGUAACUAAGUGGCUACUAAAAAAGGCUGUACAUACCCCAUAUUGAAUACCCUGGGUUGUCUACUUUAAAAAAAAAAAAAAAUAUGUACAUGUGUGAUUCAGAGAUUUAUGACAGGUAAGUGUUACAAUGUCACUAUUACAUUUUAAAAAUAUAUAUUUUGAAACAGCAAUGUCCCACUUGUACUUGUAGCCCUAUACCUUGCACAAAAAUGCUAAGAACAUGUUAAAUUUGGGUAUUUCUUAACUCAGGACAAAAUUUAGAAACUAUUUAGUACGGGUGUUUUUUGGCGGUUGUAGAGGCGUAACACAUUUUGGGGGUCAAAGUUAGAAAAGGUGUGUUUUUUUUAAAUGAUUAAAUCAUAUUUUAUAAAUCUUUUUAUAAUAAAUUAUAUGAUAUGAUGAAUAUAAUGGUAUCUUUAGAAAGACCAUUUAAUGGCGAGAAAAACUGUAUAUAAUAUGUGUGGGUAGAGUAAAUUAGUAAGAGGAAAAUUACAGAAAAACACAAACACCACAGAAAUGUAAAAACAGUCCUGGUCCUUAAUGUUAAGAAAAUUUAAAAACUGUCUGGUCACUAAAGGGUUAAAAAAGUUUUAAAAAAAAAAAUGUAAUAAGUGUCAUGGUUGAUUAUAUAUUUCCUACCUGUUCUAUCUUAAAUUUUGUAUAUAUUGUGUAUUAAUAUUGUUUUUGUAUUUUAUUGUACCCUAUUGUAUCAAUGCAAUGUUUUGUGGACCCAGGACAUACUUGAAAAUUAGAGAAAUCUCAAUUUACCUUUCCUGGUAAAAUAUUUUAUAAAUAAAUAAAUGUGCCACUUCAAUGUCCACAUAUACCUGGCAAAGGUACCUACGGGGGUAUUGAUGUACUCAGACAACAUAGCUGAGCAACAUAUGAAGUAUUAUACAGCCGAAGCACACAUAAGAUUUGCAAAAUAUACCAUGCAAACUCACUUUGUGUGUCAAAAAAGCAGAGUUAAAUGCUUAUUACCACUACACAUGGUACAAGCUAGCGGAAAAACUAUCCCAUACCAUUCUUUAAGAAAUGGUAUGUUUUAUGGUUUAGUUGGAAUAUGUAGCCUGCUAAAGUGCUCCAAAGUGGGAUAUGGAUGCAUCAAAGCCCUCCAUGAAAAUUUUACACUUAAAAAUCUGAACUUGUCAUGUCUCUUUUACAGCACUUUAAUUUCAACUAAAAUAGUGUGUAGGUCAUACAUUGGGCAUAUUGUUUUACUCAGAAGAUGUAACUGAGCAUAAUCUUAUCUGUGUAUAUGCCAAAAUAGAGUAAAAAUAACAAUUUUCUCCAAUAUUUAGCAGAGAUUGGCAAUGAAAUGGCUACGUAAAAAGUGUCAAAAUAACCUAUAAAUAGCUUGUGAUGUCUACUUUAUAUAAAUAUAUACUUUUGUGUGGCUAUUUUGUUUUCUGUGAUGGCUACUAAACUUACAAGACAAACAUAUGAACUUCUAAAAUUGUUUCACAUUGAAAUUUUAUUUUAGUUCUUGUAUUUUGUUACCCCCAUUUUUCACCCCCAUUUUUUGGCAUUUUUUUUUUAAAUUAAUGAGAAUUUAUCUAUGUAUAUGUGACACUGAAUUAAAGCCCUUUUGGCCUCUAAAAAACGAUAUAUAAUAUGUGGUGCAAUAAAUGAGAGAGAUGCAAAUUGCGGUUAAACACAAACAGCCAAAGAUGGCUUGUGUCCUUCAGGGUAAGACAAGCUUUUGAAGCUGUGUCCCUAAAGGUAAAACAAGCUUUUGAAGCUGUGUCCUUAUUAUUAUUAUUAUUAUUAUUGCCAUUUAUAUAGCGCCAACAGAUUCUGUAGCGCUUUACAAUAUUAUGAGCGGGGGAUUUAACUAUAAAUAGGACAAUUACAAAUAAACUUACGGGAACAAUAGGUUGAUCCUGUUAAGGUGUUAAUUUUGUUAAAAAAAUGCCAAAAGUAUUUUUUUUUAUAUUUUUUUUGCAUUCUAUGAGGCUUCAUUGAGUUUCCAAAUUCUUACCUCAUUUUCCAAUGGUUCCAGCACCACCAUUAUCCUGUUUUUGUGGGUUUGAAUGCUAUUAGUCCUGCUCUCCACUACAACUGGCAGAGUCCCAUCUGGUGAUUGCCGCAGACACACAUGGCCCGCGGUCCUGGGGGGCCCGGAAACACUGCAUACACUACACUGACACACACCCUGCAUACACUAGUACAACACACACUGCAUGCACUAGUACAACACACACACUGCAUGCACUAGUACAACACACACACUGCAUACACUAGUACAACACACACUCUGCAUACACUAGUACAACACAUACACUACACUGACACACACUGCAUACACUAGUACAACACACUCUGCAUUCACUACACUGACACACACUCUGCACUCACUAUACACACAACAUCCACUACCCUAACACACACUCUGCAUCCACUGCACUGACACACAGUCUGCACUCACUAUACACACAGCAUCCACUACACACAUUCUGCAUUCACUAUACUUACACUACAUCCACCCCACAUUCAAACACUCUGCAUUCAUUAUACACAGACUCUGCAUCUAAUACACACAUACUACAUCCACUACACAAACACACACUGCAUCCACUUCAGAAACUGCAUCUAAUACACACACUACAUACACGCGCUACAUCCACUACACAAACAACCUCUGUAUUCACUGUACACACACUACAUCCACUAUACAAACACACUCUGUAUUCACUGUGCACACACUACAUACACUACACAAUCACACACACUGCAUCUAAUACACACAAAAACCACGCAUUACACAAAUGUAAAAUCUGCAUCCACUAUACACACUGCAUUCAUUAGACACUCACUCUGCAUCCAUUGCACGCAUACAGGACACCACAUUCAGUCCUGUAUCCUUGUGGGCUUACUCAGAAAGAGCCCUGUGGGCGAAGUCGAGGGUGGGACCCGGGGGCCCCAAACUUUCUGAUGGCAGCCCUGCAGACACAGGACAUGUAAUAAACAGUAUGGGCUAUCUUGACAAUUCUAAAGAUGAAUGCUGGGAAAAUGUGAAAAUAAAAUGUAUCUGUACGUUACUAUAUUUGAAGACCGCUCGAGAACAGGCUUUAUAUGUAUUCCCUUAUUAACACAUGUCAGCACAGACUCUGUGACGAUAGUCUGACAAGAGUGGGUGUGCAUUUAAAAUUUUGUUUUCUAAUACUUGAUACAUUAUUUUUACAUGAGGAAUUAAAGUAAAUUAAGUAACAUUGACUAUAACAGAUUCCCUUUAAUAUUGAAUAGUGGGGUUGUUGUAUGGGACUCAGAGCACCAUAACAACUUCAGUGGUUAUGGUGCCUAGUACGUCUCUCUUGUUUGAGUUGCUGGUUUCAGUUAAAUAUUUGACUAUUUUUAAAGAAUAAUGAUUUGCGUUCAACUUUUUUUAUAAGCAGCAUUUGUUUUUGCUCCGCAUGGAUUAUGUUAGCCUCUCUUGCAGAGAAUAUAUCUGAAACCAACCUCUGUUUGCCAGCUAUUACUUUGAUUUAUAAAAAAAUAAAAUGUCAUCCAUACACUUCUUAGCAGUUUGGAUAGCACAAUAUAGAUGUAAAGAAUGUUGCAUGGAAAGAGAUGUACUCUUACACAUGCAGAAUUGUAUAACAAGAAAUUAUUGUAAAUAUUCCGUGGUAGUUGAUCAUAUUAUUUAGAAUGAUAAAAUUAAAUUAAGAUCAAGGCCUACACAGGAUCUUGAACUAUGCAAAAGGUAAGAGUUAAUGCAAGCUAGGUAUCUAACUUGUUCCAGUAGUUUAACCCUGUGUUUCUCCGCCGUUUAUACUCUUUAUUACCAGUGGACUUAAUGUUCCUUUAAACAGUAGAGGUUUAAUUUAAACAUGAGUCUAGCCAGUAGCCCCUCACUAAUUAAGCAGUGCAGAAAUAGGCCCCUGAUGGUGCGUCACUGGAGUCAAAGUUAAUUAAAUAUAUACCAACUUAGAUUAAAUCUACAGUACAUGCUGGCACGUAAGUCGAACCCAAAAAUUAGAGAUGUAAUAUAGGUUUUGCUCUAUAUUCCCCCAAUAACCCCAUAAUAAUGUUCAACUUUUGGUCCUAGGGACUUUUACACUUAUGUUUGGACCAAGUCUAGGCAACAGAAGUCAACAGAUAUCCAAUUUCAUUUAAAAUUAUAAAUGUUCUUUUACUUUCUGUAUCAUGUUAUACACAGGUUAUUAUUGCAAUGACAGAGUUUAAAAGUAAACAAACAAAAAAUAUGCGUGUAGUUAACUUGUUUUGCCGAUAGAUGACACACUAGGAUCUCUCCAGUGUGUCAGCUAUGUUUACAUACGAAUUUUACGAUACUGCAAGCGGUAAUUUCAUCUGCUAAUUCUUUUGAAAUGUGUGUAUAAAGAGAAAAUUAUGACUCCUAAGCAUACCCGAUUGAGUGAUAACACUGAUGGUAAGCACUCUAGAAAUUCUGUUAGUUUAGAAAACAAGUUAGAAGUGAUCGAGAGAAAUGAGAAGAAUGAGUAUUGCGUUAGGCCAAGAAGCUAUUUUUGCUUCAGCUCAACUUCCGGCUAUUAGUUGGCCUGUAGUUUUUGGGAGAUUUUUUUUUUAACCUUUAAAAUUUUGACUUUAAAUUGUAAUAUGUUAAUUGUGUUAUAAUUUUAUACCAUAAAAGGUGUCAGAGGUACCACAAAUUAAGGACACAUGACGGAAAUAUUCCGUCAUGAUUCCCUUUUAUUCCAGAAGUUGUGUCCUUAAGUGGUUAAGGAGUCGGAGUCAAAGAUUUUGUGUACUGAUGUCACGGCCCUGACAUUCCUGUGUGUUUGAAAUAAAUUGUAAGCUGGACUGGGUCUAAAAAGAUUGUAAGCUUAUGAUUCUCACUUAUACAUUUCAGAUACAGACUUGGAGAUGUGGUUCGUGUUGCAGACUUUCAUAACCAAAGCCCUAUACUGGAAUUUUUAUAUAGGUAAGCAUUAUUUAACACUUUACAAAGCAAAACCAACAAAAAAAACUUUCUGCAUUCUUACUGUGUAAUGAGGAUAGAUCUAUAGAAUACUAUACUACAUUCAGCCAAACUAAAAGGAAUCUCUACCCAGGACUGUAUUUAGAAGAAGAAUGAACAACUUUUAUUUGGGCACCCAUAGAACCAUACCGUAUGUGCAGACAUUCAAACACGAAAUCAAAGAUGGAUGUAUUGUUCCAGCCCAAGAUAAAGACUGUCAAUAGGAAGCCUACAAUUGGGGUACUGGAAAAUUCUAUACAUAUAUUGUUUUUGGUCGGAGUAACCCUUAUUGGCAUUAUGGGGCUUGCCAACAUUGCCCAUCUAUCUCUAUCAUACUAUGGGUGCUGAUAACAGAGGCAUUUACAUUAGCCAGUCUGGACAUGGCUUUCUCUAUAUAACAUUUCACCUACAGAUUCCGAGUUCCAUGAUCAUUUAAAAUCACGCCAUUUGUAAUGGUACUUGCUUUAAGUCUUUGAAGUGUUUUAGUUAAGAAAAUAAAUCGGCGUUAUUCACUUUGAAUUCCCAACAAUUUUACACUUUAGUGAACACCUCUGACAGUAAUGUUCUGUAUAAAAGAGCACUUUAUUUGAAUAUUCCCUGAACCAGCCACCUGUAACCAGGUUUUGUAGAUAUGGAAAUGGAGGGGUGGAAAGGUGCAAGGCGAUAUCUUGCAUUUUUAUUACAUUACUUGUUUAAAAAUAGAUUUAUUGACCUGUUUUGUUUAAUUCAACUUAAUUUUAUUUGUGUGAUGAAAAUGGAUUUUGUGAAUUUUGCAGAAGGAGCCAAACAUUGAGUGUUCGUGGAGAGUGCAUUUCAGAAGAUGAAUUCUAUAAAACUCUUCUCUACACUGUGAAGUUAUGGCCUGGAGCCACUCUUUUAAACUACUGCUGCUUAGAAAGUGGAAUUUUGGGUACGUAACAGUCCGAAUUAUAUAUUCUUUCUUUGGUUAACUUUUGUCCAAUUAUCUUAAACAAAACCAGUUGGUAAAGCCAAUAGAAUAUCCAAUGUCUCCCACAUUUAUAUUGCCUUUAUCUUAUCGUAUGAGUGUCUGUGAGCCAUCAUACCUUAGGGAUACAGUUUUCCAACAGUUUAACCCUGACGUUGGUUCCUUAGGAUAUAUCCUCCCAGCUGCCACUGGAUCAGGUUUGGUGGGCAAUUGGGACUGCAUAAUCUAAGCAGAGGGUGCCUCACAGACUUGGGUGGCUCCAAUCCAUAGAAUUGAAAGCUGCUUGGGCACUCAAAGACUUAAAACCAAAGGCAGAUUUUUUUAUUAGAAGCAGAGGCAAGUGGGUGGCAGGCGAUAGGCUAUCAAUGGCUGCUGAUUGAGUGUAAUGAUACAUUGCAUUUCUCUCAGUUGGCCCCAGAGAUAAGAGUUUACGAUCUAUUGAUGUAUAUACCAACAUCCUGUUUGUAGCACUAAUGAAUAAUUCCUCCCCCACCGUUAAUUCUCAUAUCUUUGUAUAUCGCAAUGUCUGUUGAGGUUGGUCUUGUGGUUUACGGAAUAUUGAUAAUGUGUCAACUUAGGAGGUGGUGUGAUGUAGCUACAGUUGUCCAAAAUUAACACACCAUGGCACAUUUGCUGCAGCAACAUCAGUACUAGGUCCUGGUUGCAAUUCUGAAUCCAAACCAACCAAAAAUGAUGCAAGGCCCGACCUUUUAUUAGUUUAUCUAGCGUCUCUAUUGAUACAGUGCACAUUUGAGCCAAAUGUAAAGCUUAUGUCUUACCCUCUUUUCAUCAUUAGCCCAGUGCCCUUUCGUAAACCCAAAUCAUGUUUCUGACUGUUCCUGAUUCCUGUAUACUUAAAGGACCACUCUAGGCACCCAGACCACUUCAGCUUAAUGAAGUGGUCUGGGUGCACCAAAUCCUCUAGGGAAAUAACAUUUUCAUAGUACCAAGUUUCAGAGAAACAUAAUUAUAGUGAGUUAACCCUUCCCCCUAAUCCUCUGAAGUGAAGCUUGUCUCAUUGACAGCCCACUACCAAACCUAACGAUGCUUCUCACUGUGAUUUUUCCACAGUGAGAGGCCGCAUAGCGUAUCUAUAAGAAAAGCAUUGUAAAUGCUUUCUAUGCAACAAUAUUGUGAAGCUGAAUCUUGGCCUUCUUGCUUUGUAGCGUCUUGUCCAACUUGGCGGAGAGGAAAGAAUGGGAGGCGGAGAGGAGGAGGGAGGCUCUACUUGCGGCGCUGGAAAAGAGUAAGUUAUUACCCCUUUCCCCUUCCAGAGCCGGGCGGGAGGGGGUCCCUGAGGGUGGGGGCACCCUCAGGGCACUAUAGUGCCAGGAAAACGAGUAUGUUUUCCUGGCACUAUAGUGGUCCUUUAACCUGCUUCGUUUUAACUCUGAAUUGUUCUAUUUUCUCUACUGUUUACCUGGCUCGGCUAGUUUUAUCCUCUAUUACCUAUACCAGACUUGGCUUUAUCCUUGAUCUUGACUAGUUCCUGACAUCAUCCUGUGUAUCAAUUUUGGCUCUGGAUUAUCCUUUUGUUAUUGUGGACCUUUAGUCCCUUGCGUUAUCUGGCCUAUAUAGUUCUGUUACUUCCUUUUAAAUCUAACCGUUAAGCCUAGUUACUCUAAAGUCCGUUAAUAUGCCCAUCUUUCCUUUCUUACUGUUCCUUUAAGUUUCUUCCUUCGGAUCUUGUUCAAGUUGCAAGGGGUGGGGUGGGUUAACUGAAAAUUUUCUAGUGAACUUGUGUAUAGUUUUCUAGAAUAUCUGGAUCACAAGGCAUUCCCACAAGAUGUGGAGGAAUGUGCCCAGUAAGUUGAUAAAUCGUGAAAUGUGCUUUUAUUAUUUACUGUUUAAAGACUAACUUUUCUCACCAUAGUUUAUUUUUAAUUUCCAUAGUAAGAAAUUUUACAUAAAGGAAUAAUUUGAAAAUCCGUUAUUAAAAUUGAUAACACUCAUUACUCAGUUUAUUUUCAGUAUAGGUGAUAUUGAUUUAAUUGAGUGACCUGCUUGAUUUUACACAUAAGGAUAUACACCCUGUUCCAAAUUAUUAUGCAAAUUAUAUUUUUCUCAUUUACCUACAUAAUUUUUUUAAAAUUCUUUAUUUUUGUUGUGCGGGAGGUUACAGACAUAUCAACAGGCGCCACAACAGCGUAUCUCAGGAUUCACAUAGAUUAGACAGUGGCGUGAUAAUUCGCACCUUUUUUAUAAUUUGCACGCUUAACUAAAGUUAUUCCAACAGAGUGAGAUUUAGCUAAAAUAACUAGCAUAAAGAAAAAACAAUAGUUAUUGACACAUUUAUAUGUAUGGUUAGUCGAUUAGCAACAGAGAGUGUCCGCUAGUGGCACACGUUAUAGGUCUAGCUCACUGCACUGUUUGUAAAAUACCCUUUAACAUCUAAACCUACAUACUUGUGGAAUGUGUAGGUGUUAAUAUGUUGUUAGACAUAGGUUAAAGCACGCUAAGGGAGGCUAAAGUGCGGCUUCCGAACAUUACUAUAUUUUCAUUGUUAAAGUCAUGCUUGUGACCCUUAGCUAGUCUCGGAGAGGAGAGGUCUAUUGCUCAUUCUCUGGUGCUGAGGGUUGCCCAUACGCCUGUAAUCAUUAAACAUAUGAAACAUGAUAAACUUUGAUAAUGGAUAGUCUAUUGAGGCUAUACUCCGGAGAAAGCAAACAAGUAAGAGUCAUUUGAAGUGAGGGUAAUUCCGCUGGGUGACAGUGGGUUGAUUGGCACAAAUGGUUCUAGUCCUCGAGGCAGACAGUUUGUAAUGUAUUCUUUGUUCAGCCCACGCUGUGCCCUAUAGAGUGUCCCUGGGUCCCCAUUUGGGAUUGGUAAGUGGGCAUGGGUUGGUGGGGAUGGUUGGUCGUACCUUGUUGCUGGUGUUGGGUUGCCCCAGAUAUAGUGGGUGCUUGAUAUGGGCUUGCAGCGUGAGACCGUAUGUGCGGGGACGUUCUCUGUUGGUCGGUGGCUUCGGUUGCCGCUGAGUGUUGAGCGGGUCGGGCAAACCCGGUGGUCCUGCGCUGCCGUGUGUGAGGGCUGGUGUUGGUGCCCGGGAGGCCCGUCUCCGCUCCCCGCCACUCCGAUUUCCCACCCUGGGGGAUUGCGGCGGACAUCCGCACAGGAGGCGUCGGGUGGCAGGGCGAAUCCAUGCCGCUGCCUCUUUCCUCGCCAGCUUGAAGAUCCGACCCCUGUUGUAGAGUUUAGCCCAUAGGCUAGUACAGAGCUGGUCAAAGAAGUCCAGUGUGCUAUUGGGCGGUUUUGCAGGGGAGCUGUUUGACGCCGGUCGCGCCCGUGGCGCCAUUUUGUUUGGGCCUUGACAGCCUCGUUUUUCAGUAAGUAUUGUCGCUUGUUCGUGCCUUGUUGUGGGAUUAAUCGUCCCCAGCGUGGACCAGGAUAUCCCCUGCCGGUCAAGAGUGGGGGGUGGCUGGGCAUCAUGCAUUUCUCGCUUUUUAGCAGGUCCCGUGCCGGGCGAUCGGCCGCUUCCCCCAGGCUUCAGGCCCCGCUGCAAGAUAGGCCGCAUGGUCGGUUCGUGUGCUUGUGUAUCGUUGCGGUGCAUGAUAGGUACCGUUUUGUUCCUCAUGUGGUUCUGUGUCGUUUUCUGGGCACCAUGGGUUGUUGGCUUGGUAGGAUUUACCAGGAUUCUCGGUUUUUGUGCCCUCCAGUGCAAGAGCUCUUAGAGAGCACGACCGGCCAUCUUGGCUGUCAGGCCCCGCCCCCCCUCAUUUACCUACAUAAUUGAUGUAAAUAACAGUCAGCAUAAUUCUCGUGUUAUCAACUAUUAAGAGUACAAUUCAAAUUUUAUUGAACAAACCUCCUAAUGAUAACAGUAUUUUUUUUAAACAAAAAAAACUUACAAUGCACUGUUUUUAUUCAAAUUAUUACGCACAGUAAGUUUCAAAACACUUUAUAGGUUGUAAAGAACUGAAAAUUGUCAUUUGUUGUGUUUGCAGCAUAUUUACUGAAAUCAAAAGCUAUUUCAAUCAAACUUAUAACAACAUUUUAACUUAAUUUAAUUUAAUUUGAUAGCAGCUUCACAAGUCUUGCAUCCAUUGAACUUGUGAGUUUUUGGACAGUUUCUGCUAGAAUUUGUUUGCAAGAUGUCAGAAUAGCCUCCCAGAGCUGCUGUUUGGAUGUAAACUGCCUCCCACCCUCAAAGAUCUUCUGCUUGAGGAUGCUCCAAAGGUUCUCAAUAUGAUUGAGGUCAGGGGAGGAUGGAGGCCACACCAUCACUUUCUCUCCUUUUCUCCCCUUAGCAGCCAUUGAUGCAGAGGUAUUCUUUGCAGCAUGAGAUGGUGCAUUGUCAUGCAUGAAGAUGAUUUUAUUACGGAAAGCAUAGUUCUUCCUUCUGUACCAGGGAAGAAAGUAGUCAGUCAGAAAUUCCACAUACUUUGCAGAGGUCAUCUUUACACCUUCGCCCAAAACAAGACUCCACCACCGCCUUGCUGACGUCGCAGCCUUGUUGGAACAGGGUGGCCGUUCACCAACCAUCCACUACUCCAUCCAUCUGGACCAUCCAGGGUUGCACGGCACUCAUCAGUGAACAGGAAAUGAAAAUUAGUCUUCAUGUAUUUUUCUGCCCAAUAUAGCCGUUUCUGCUUGUGAGCAUUGGUUAGUGGUGGCCGAAUAGAAGGUUUAUGCACAGUUGCAAGACUCUGGAGGACUCUACGUCCAUGGGACUCCAGAGUCACCAGCAGCUUCAAAUAUCUGUUUGCUGCUAUGUAAUGGUAUUUUAGCAGCUGCUCUCUUGGUGCGAUGCAUGGAUCUGGCAGAAAUCUUCCUCAAUGUGCCUUUAUCUGCACGAACCCGUCUGUGCUCUGAAUCAGCCACAAAUCUCUUAAUAGUGCGAUGGUCACGCUUAAGUUUUCAUGAAAUAUCUAAUGUUUUCAUACCUCGUCCAAGGCAUUGAACUAUUUCACUCUUUUCAGCAGCAGAGAGAUCCUUUUUCUUCCCCAUAUUGCAUGUAAAUGGUGCUCUGCUUAAAGGACCACUCUAGGCACCCAGACCACUUCAGCUUAAUGAAGUGGUCUAGGUGCCAGGUCCUUCUAGGGUUAACCCAUUUUUUCAUAAUUAUAGCAGUUUCAGAGAAACUGCUAUAAUUAUGAAUGGGUUAAGCCUUCCCCCUAAUCCUCUAGUGGCUGUCUCAUUGACAGCCACUAGAGGCGCUUGCGUGCUUCUCACUGUGAAAAUCACAGUGAGAGCACGCCAGCGUCCAUAGGAAAGCAUUGCAAAUGCUUUCCUAUGAGACCGGCUGAAUGCGCGCGCAGCUCUUGCCGCGCGUGCGCAUUCAGCCGGCGGGGCGUAACGGAGGCGGAGAGGAGGAGGAGAGCUCUCCGCCCAGCGCUGGAAAAAGGUAAGUUUUUACCCCUUUCCCCUUCCAGAGCCGGGCGGGAGGGGGUCCCUGAGGGUGGGGGCACCCUCAGGGCACUAUAGUGCCAGGAAAACGAGUAUGUUUUCCUGGCACUAUAGUGGUCCUUUAAUAAUGUGGAACACCCUCCUUUAGUAGUUUUUCCUUAAAUUGGGCUCACCUGGCAGUCUAAUUAUCACAGGUGUCCGAGAUUGUUUUCAGUGAUCAAAAGAGCCCUGAGACACAAUGCCAUCCAUGAAUUAAAUUGAAAAACAAAAUAUUUAAUCUUUGUGACACUUAAAUAGAAUUUGCAUAAUAAUUUGGAACAGGGUGUAAUGUCAGACCCAUCUCUAAUAUUUAAUUUGUUUUUUCCCCCAAUCCCAGGUGCCAUGGGAUGUAUCCUAAAUACUGAAUACUAAAACAUCUUAAUCACUUACAGGAGAGUAGUUUGUGUGUGUGUGUGUGUGUGUUUUUCUAAAAAAAUCACAAAGUGUAUGUUCACAGAAUACACCAUGGAUUCUAGAAUAAGAACUGCAAUAUAUAAACUCUUUGUGCUGGACAAAAAAAAUUAGCUGCCUCUGGCCAGUUUUCACAGAAACAGCCAUGCCACUUCCCCAAAUGUGGUUUAGUAUGCUUAUGCUAUGUCUGUACUUUGAAACAUACAUCCAUACAUUCAAAGUGGGCUUUCUGCUUAUCUGUGAACUCCACACUUUGCUUUGAUCACAGAGGCAUACUCGCUUCUUGCUACUGACAGACUAGGUUAAACCUCUACACCAUUAGUGUAAAUAUGACUGUGUUAUAGUUGCAUAACAGAUUCACUUAAAAGUUAAAGGAGCAAUAUAGUGCCAGGAGAAUAAACUCGUUUUCCUGGCACUAUAGGGUUAUUAGGUUCCCCCUCCUGGGCUGAAGGGGUUAAAACCCCUUCAGCCACUUACCUUAAUCCAGAGCUGGGCUCCCUCGGCGCUUGUGACCUCUCCUCCCCCUGCCGACGUCAGCUCCGAAUGCGCGGCGAGAACCGUGCGCGCAUUCAAACUGCCCAUAGGAAAGCAUUACUCAAUGCUUUCCUAUGGGUGUCCAGGUUCAUCUCGGUGUGAUUUUCACACUGAGAAUCGCGGACGCGGCCCUUUAGUGGCUGUCAGGGAGACAGCCACUAGAGGCUGGAUUAACCCUCAAUGUAAACAUAGCAACCAUCCUGAAUGAAUCGGCACCAAUCGGCCAGAUGCAUGCGAUGCACUGUGUAAAAUCUGUGCUACUUUAUUCACAUGUACAUUUGGCUGUUUGCUACGUAUUAAAUGGCAACAUUGAAAGCUGGAAAAAAAACGUGCUUCUUUAAAUCAGGAAUGCAUACGCUGAAAGGGAGAGAUUAUAUUUGCAUUUAAUAUGCAUUUAAAGGGACACGCUAAGCACCUGAACCUGCCCCUUGUGGGCCGCCAUUUUCAUAAUUUUAAACUUUCAUCCGUUUAGUAGAAAACUCCUUAAGGUGGUAUCCUCAUGUUAGAUAGCCCAAUGUAUAAGAAUUUUAAAUCAAGCCGUUGUCUACUAAGUGCCUUUAAGUUCCUAGGCUAGUUGUAGCUCUCAGGUUUUCCAACCAUGGAGAAGUCUCCUAUCAUCCUGUCGCCCAUGGUCUCUUCUGUGAUCUGACAGGGGACGUGUCGUUCUGCCUCCUGAUCAACCGUGAUUGUACAGCUAUAAAACUUGUAUCACGGUUUUUCCCCGUACCCUGACAGAUGAGCUUUACCAUGUAUACGGCUCUAAUCCCUAAUCUCUAGUUGAAAAGCACGGGUCUUCGACAGUCGAAGGGGUAUGCAUCCGUGUAUGUUGGGGAACAGUUGUGUUCAGGAGGCUGUCCCGUUACAGGUAACUGUUGGUAAUGCGCUACUACUUUUCUGAAGUCUGCUGGUGUAUGUGAUUGCUUGUUGGUUGUGUGGCUGUAGUGUGGAUAUUGUCUCAGUAUUCAAUGGUGUGUCAGUGUGUUCGCACCUCUGUAACUUCCCACCCGGUUCGCCUCGGGAAUCCUCCCGCAUUUCUGGGAGCGGGUGAGGUUUAAGGAAAACAAUAGAGGGGGGUAGUUAAAGUGGAGUGGGCCGCACUACGAGGGGCCCGCGCCCGUCUCCACCCCCACCAUGGGCCCAGAGGCCCCCCCGCCCGAGGGCGUUGAGCAAUAUACAUGAACCAUGGGCUCCACAUGUCUGCGUGUUUGGCUUCCCUACCCAUUAGGGAGGCGUGGAGCGCCUCCGCGCUCUGUAUAUCUUCCACCCGCUGUAUCCACUCCGACUUUGUCGGUGUGGUAGUUUGUUUCCAGUACGCCUGGUUGGCUGCCUUAGUAGCGUUCAGCAGGUGCCGGAGGAUUGACUUCUUAUAGCUCGAAAUUGUCUGCUGAGAGACGUGCAGGAGAGCCAGUUCGGCGGACCAGUCCGGCACGUCUCCCAGCACGAGCGUCGUCUCGGUUUUCACCAUUUCCCAGUACGGGAGUAUGUCUCGGCACUCCCACCACAGGUGGAUCAGCGUGCCCCUCUCCUCGCGACAUCUCCAGCAUGUCGGCGGCACCGCCGGGAACAUUUGAUGUAGCACCAUUGGCGUUCGAUACCAAAAUGAGAUCAAUUUGUAUCCAACCUCCUGGUAGUAGGAGCUGAUGGAGCUCUUAUGUUACCAAAUCAGGGCCUUAUCCCAUUGUGGUGUGGUGAAUGUCUUAUUUAGGGACUCCUCCCAACGCCUCUUGAAGGUGGCCACGGAUGGUUGAUCGUUCAUUAUUAGGUAUUGGUAAAUUGUGGAGAUGGCAUGCUCUAUGGAGGUGCCUCAUUCGCACAGGUCUUCAAACCACGUCGAUUCCCUGUGGAGACGUUCUCUGUGUGGCAGCUUCGUAUAGUAGUGUUUCAGCUGCAGGUAUUGCAGGAUAAUCAUGGGGGUCCGUGGUCUCCCCUCCAGAAUCGAGUCAAGGCCCCGAAGUCCGUCGGCACCCAGGACCCGACGUAUAGCAGUGAGACUGGUCUAUGCACUAGAACUGCCUCAUUAUGCUGAAGUUGUUUUGGAGCUUAGAAGUUCAUUUUAAAGAAAAAAAAACUAGACAUCUCAUAAAAAAGAUAAACACAAGUUAUAAGCUAUAUUGUAAUGUUUGUUUUUUUCCAAUGGUAUAAGUUCCAGAGAAACGGUUCCCCAUUACAUUAUUUUUAUGUAGAUAUGCACACCAGUAGUGUAAAUAUCAUGGAUUUUGGCUCUUGUAGUUGUCAGCUAAGUGUAUUCUUGUAGUCAUUUUUACUUUGUUUUGGUUGCAAUCUUUUUGAUUACAUGCUUGUGGGCAUUGAAAUUAAUAAUAUUUGUUUAACCCCUUAAGGACACAUGACGUGUGACAUGUCAUGAUUCCCUUUUAUUCCAGAAGUUUGGUCCUUAAGGGGUUAAAUUAAACUAUUGGCAUGCAUCUCUACACAUUGAUACUUGCAUACGUUUGUGUUCUGGGAAAUACAUUGUGGAAGUGGCCUCCAUAUUGGUAUUGGUAUUUGGCAUUUAUACCUUAAAGCGGCUCUGUCACUGUCUAGGCUCUUUGACGGUGACAUCAUGCACUAGAGUACAAAACUACCGGUCUACAAAGGAUCCCACAAGAUUGCAGGAUUCUACAUAGACAUAGCCUUUUCUUCUUAGCCGUCAUUAGUGAUGGAUGGGGGUUUGAUGGCAUUGUUUUGACUCACAGUCAAUGUGAGUUUUUUCUCUACUAAGUACUAUUCUUCAUUUACUUUUCUUCUUGUAAAACUCAAGACUGUGCUAUCUGAGUUUUAUGUGAUGUUCCUUCUGUUUCAGGUCCAUUCUCAGGCGGAUCAGACAUGCAUUAUGAAGUCUUUGUAGCACUGAAAGGGGUGAGAGACUUAUCUGAAGAACAGAGAUAUAAGGUGAGCAUAUGACAAGAGAGCACACUCCAGGUCCAUCAGUAAGCAUAUCAGAGAUGUCGAUCAUUAGCCAAAUAGCACUGUUUGACAUACAGACCGGUGGUCUGUGUUUUGAUUAAUUUGCAGCAAUAUCCUAAUAUAGUUAAAAAAAAUUAUCCAAAGGAAAAAAAUGCCUGUAGUUUGAUCCUGUUGACUAUGACUCAUUCACGAAAUAAUUUAUACCAAGCUGCUUGCAAUUCCCUACCUUUCUGGAAAAUCUAAUUUUUUCUAGCUUGUUUCUGUCUUCCUAUUUGAGGAAGACGACCAAUAAAUGCGCCAAGUUGCACAUCCUAAGUUUUACAAAGUGAUGUUGAGAUGAGUUUGUUCAUAACUGUUACGAGAAUCUGUGCAUGCAAAUCUUUCAUGUAGGUAUUUCACAUAGAGCUCUAUGGUAGGAAUGUUUAUACAUAUUUGUAUGCUUUAGUUACAGAGUUGAUAAGAAAGUUUACCAAGUCGGACAGGGCAAUAAUUCACUAAACACCGGUGAAAAACCUGAAUUCCAACCACAAUGGCAAUUCUCAUAUUUACUAAAGGUAAUUUAGGUCAGAAUUCAGCCAUCCUGAAUGAAUUGGUACCUAUCGGCCGGAUGCAUGCAGUGUACGGUGUAAAAUCUGUGCUUUUCACAUCCCAACCCAUCACAGAGAAAAUAGGAUUUGGAAUAGCCACAAAGCAAUUUUACUUUAAAAUUUUUUUUAAAAAGAGAGCGAGAGAAAAUAUCAAGGCUAAAUGCAUCCAGUAGAGUGGACAUUCACAGGAUAUAAUUUCUUAGCUGUUUGCCAGCAAAUUAUCGUUUUUAGUGCUAUUUUCCACACUGGGGAAAAAAACCAAAAACCUCUUGGGUCAAUAUGACCACAUAUUAGGGUUUAAAAGCUCCAAUAUCUCCAUCUUGUAAGCACACCAUUCGGAGUGCUCAGACAAUCAAGUCACUUCUCUCUAGAGGGAAAGUGUAUGUCCACGUACCUGUCCCUACCCUUGGCUAUCAGAUGGGUGCAAUUAAAUAAAAAAACAACUAGUCGCUAGUUAGUAAGCAUCCACUGACUGUUCACUGUUUAAAGGGACACUGUAGGCACCCAGACCACUUCAGCUCAUUGAAGUGGUCUCAUUGCCAACUUCCAUCACCCUUAACCCUGCAAGUGUAAUUAUUGCUGUUUUUAUAAACGGCAAUAAUUACCUUGCAGUGUUAAGUCCUCCUCUAGUGGCUGUCUACCGGCUUCUUAGACGACUUUUCACGCUAUGCAUGAGGAUCUCCAGCGUAGCCGAAUCCCCAUAGGAAAGCAUUGAAUAAUGCUUUCUUAUGGGGAGGUGUAAUGCACGCGAGGGGGAGGAGCGUGGACGGAGCCUGACCCAGCACAGAGGGACAUCCGCGCUGGAUUCAGGUAAGUGUCUGAAGGGGUUUUAACGCGGGAGGGAGGAUGCUUUCCAGGAUCCUCUAGUGCCAGGAAAACGGGUUUGUUUGUUUCCCAUAUGGGGUUCAUAGUGAUACCAGUAUUUUUCUUUUUUUUUGUAAUGAGGCAGUUGUCUAACAAAUGAUGACACCCCUUGCUACAGGGUAAACCUUUGUGCAAUCAGGACCACAACAUUGGAGGAUGUGAAAAUGAUGUGGAGUUGAGAAUGCCAGGCUGUGUAAAAGUUGCAAUGAACUAGUGCCCAGAAAUGCAUGUUAUGCAGAGACGUGGUAAUGUUACAACAUGCAGCUUGAUCAUUACGUAAGUGGUUAAAGGACAAUUAAUUUAAUAUUUUUCAGCUUACUCCUGUUCAUACUUGGGUGACAGAGUAUUAAUUAUUAUAAUUAUUAUUAUUGCGCUUCGGGCACCAAGCCUUCUUUGUUUCUUGGUUAUGUGCGUAUGGAUUCUGCAGAAGCAGAAUGCUGAUCGGCCAGUCAUUCAUUGGCUAAGAGCAUCAGCUUAGCGUUUUCAGCCAAUGAAUGACCCUCUGUGCAUAGAAUAUGCACAGAAUUUACAUUAGCCAGCCUGGAACUCAUUCCAGACUUACUCAUGUACUAAUAAUGCUGCGGAAGGUGGAGUUCAAUCCCUGACAACAAUAUAAAAAUUCUCAGUGCAGUGUGUAAUGCACAUACAGACUCCAAGCAUCAUAGUCACUGAAGUGAUCAUGGUGCUAGGUGUAACCCUUCAAAGGACCACUAUAGGCACCCAGACCACUUCAGCUUAAUGAAGUGGUCUGGGUGCCAGGUCCAGCUAGGUUUAACCCUUUUUUUCAGAGAAACUGCUAUGUUUAUAUUAGGGUUAAUCCAGCCUCUAGUGGCUGUCUCAUUGACAGCCACUAGAGGCGCUUGCGUGCUUCUCACUGUGAAAAUCACAGUGAGAAGACUCCAGCGUCCAUAGGAAAGCAUUGUGAAUGCUUUCCUAUGAGACUGGUUGCAUGCGCAUUCAGCCGAGGAGGAGGUGGAGAGGAGGAGGAGAGCUCCCCGCCCGGCGCUGGAGAAAGAGGUAAGUUUAACCCCUUCCACCCCCUAGAGCCCGCGGGAGGGGGACCCUGAGGGUGGGGGCACCCUCUGGGCUCUAUAGUGUCAGGAAAAUGAGUAUGUUUUCCUGGCACUAUAGUGGUCCUUUAAGGUAAUGUGUUCGUUGUGUGUACAUAGAUUUGCAGAAUAACAAUAGGAUUAAGGUCUUCCUGAACUUUGUAUUUUAUAACAAGUUUGGUAGCAGGUGGAGUGCUGCCCAGUCUUGGACAAAGUAUAUGCACCCUUCAAGUACAUGUUUCGUUUAAGGAACACUCCAAACACCUGUAGCAUUACUGAAGGCAGGUAGUUGCCUUUGCAAAGCAAAUGCUCAGUUCUUCUCAGUUGGCUUGAGAUUGGACAGCCACAAAUAGCCUGGGGAAGAAAGGGGAGGCUUACAAAGACUCCAGACAAGAGAUCUGCAGCUUUUGCAAACUGUUUUUAGAUAUACUGCCUAAGAAAAAGUCGUACGUAAAUGUAAACAUGUUUUCAUUGUGGGUAUAUCUACUAAAGCGUUUUUGACAAAAUGCCACUGGGGAUGUACGUCUACCAGCGAAGACUCUUAACGAAACGGGGGGUCAAGCUACAGCUAUCCCAGCUGGAUUGGCCUUUGGAAGGACUUGUCCAAAUCAGUGCAGUUUCCAGUUCCAUAUACACAUGUGGAAGAGAGAAGAUAAAAAAUAAAUACAUCUUGAAACCCUAAUAAGAGGGUGCCAGAAAACACAUUGGGGUGCUUUUUGAGAUUUUUUCCUCUUCCACACAUCUGUAUGUGAUUUUUAGUUGAAGGCUUAUUGGGAAUGGGCCUUGAAAGGUAGCCUCUCCACCUAUGACACCUGUCUCCUGUUAUAUUUUGUAAAUUUUCCAGUUUCACAAACCGAGGGAGCUGGAGAGUUAUCACAUUUUUUAUUCUUUCUGUGAUUUCUUUCUAUGAUUUUUUUUUUCUUUUUCUUUCUGUGUUUGGACAGUGGAGUGUCCCUUUAAGUAAGGGGUGUCCAAGGGUAGGUUCACAUCUGUGGAAAUUCUACAGUACUUGGAAUCAUCUCCAUUAUUUUAAUCUAUACAUUUGGCUGCUUUGUCAGAAUAUUGUAUUGACCAUUUUAAAAUCUCCCUCAGUCAGUUCCUGUUGUUUGUGUAUUUAGGAAUUGGAUUGCAGGGUCACUUGGAAGCAAGUGAAUUGGUAUGUAAGGAACAGAGAUAAAUGUGAUUUAUUAUAUAGCCAUGGAAGAAUUUUGGGUGAUCACAAGAUUUCACCUGCAUAGUGUGAGGGUUCAUCUGUAAUGAUUGAUUGAAAAUACAUGUGUUUCACUCAUUAUUUAUGCGUUAGAAACAGAAAUAGAAUGUUCACAGCUUUCUGUGGGCAGAAUCACUUUUUUUACAAUUCUAUCAUCUAUGCCCUGGUCCAUUCAUAAGCCAGUCUCUUUGAGCAUCAGACAUGGCAGUGUUGAAGUCAAAUCUGUUCAUGUCUCAUAGGAGCAAAGACUCCGCUUGAGGUAUAUACAGGGAGUGCAGAAUUAUUAGGCAAAUGAGUAUUUUGACCACAUCAUCCUCUUUAUGCAUGUUGUCUUACUCCAAGCUGUAUAGGCUCGAAAGCCUACUACCAAUUAAGCAUAUUAGGUGAUGUGCAUCUCUGUAAUGAGAAGGGGUGUGGUCUAAUGACAUCAACACCCUAUAUCAGGUGUGUAUAAUUAUUAGGCAACUUCCUUUCCUUUGGCAAAAUGGGUCAAAAGAAGGACUUGACAGGCUCAGAAAAGUCAAAAAUAGUGAGAUAUCUUGCAGAGGGAUGCACUCUUAAAAUUGCAAAGCUUCUGAAGCGUGAUCAUCGAACAAUCAAGCGUUUCAUUCAAAAUAGUCAACAGGGUCGCAAGAAGCGUGUGGAAAAACCAAGGCGCAAAAUAACUGCCCAUGAACUGAGAAAAGUCAAGCGUGCAGCUGCCACGAUGCCACUUGCCACCAGUUUGGCCAUAUUUCAGAGCUGCAACAUCACUGGAGUGCCCAAAAGCACAAGGUGUGCAAUACUCAGAGACAUGGCCAAGGUAAGAAAGGCUGAAAGACGACCACCACUGAACAAGACACACAAGCUGAAACGUCAAGACUGGGCCAAGAAAUAUCUCAAGACUGAUUUUUCUAAGGUUUUAUGGACUGAUGAAAUGAGAGUGAGUCUUGAUGGGCCAGAUGGAUGGGCCCGUGGCUGGAUUGGUAAAGGGCAGAGAGCUCCAGUCCGACUCAGACGCCAGCAAGGUGGAGGUGGAGUACUGGUUUGGGCUGGUAUCAUCAAAGAUGAGCUUGUGGGGCCUUUUCGGGUUGAGGAUGGAGUCAAGCUCAACUCCCAGUCCUACUGCCAGUUCCUGGAAGACACCUUCUUCAAGCAGUGGUACAGGAAGAAGUCUGCAUCCUUCAAGAAAAACAUGAUUUUCAUGCAGGACAAUGCUCCAUCACACGCGUCCAAGUACUCCACAGCGUGGCUGGCAAGAAAGGGUAUAAAAGAAGAAAAUCUAAUGACAUGGCCUCCUUGUUCACCUGAUCUGAACCCCAUUGAGAACCUGUGGUCCAUCAUCAAAUGUGAGAUUUACAAGGAGGGAAAACAGUACACCUCUCUGAACAGUGUCUGGGAGGCUGUGGUUGCUGCUGCACGCAAUGUUGAUGGUGAACAGAUCAAAACACUGACAGAAUCCAUGGAUGGCAGGCUUUUGAGUGUCCUUGCAAAGAAAGGUGGCUAUAUUGGUCACUGAUUUGUUUUUGUUUUGUUUUUGAAUGUCAGAAAUGUAUAUUUGUGAAUGUUGAGAUGUUAUAUUGGUUUCACUGGUAAUAAUAAAUAAUUGAAAUGGGUAUAUAUUUGUUUUUUGUUAAGUUGCCUAAUAAUUAUGCACAGUAAUAGUCACCUGCACACACAGAUAUCCCCCUAACAUAGCUAUAACUAAAAACAAACUAAAAACUACUUCCAAAAAUAUUCAGCUUUGAUAUUAAUGAGUUUUUUGGGUUCAUUGAGAACAUGGUUGUUGUUCAAUAAUAAAAUUAAUCCUCAAAAAUACAACUUGCCUAAUAAUUCUGCACUCCCUGUAUGAAUCUCCCAUUUACAUGUCUGUGUUUAAAGGUGAAUAUAGAGAUUGUAAUUCUUUUGGCAAAGGAAUGAGAGCCAUCCCACAGCUUGCUGUGAUUCCCCUACUCAACAAAAUAAUAUUUUUACGAACGCAUUGAGAUUUUUAAAUUGUUUUUUUAUUUGCGUCACGUGGUUGCUUUAUAAAAGUUUUUAUGUAAGUUUAGGUGUACAUAUACGACAGCCUCCAGUUUUGUGUAAACUGCAUUUACACAUUUUAAGUCCAUCAUGGUUUAACAUCCAGAAAUCUAUGUCUGCUGUUGAUUCAGUAGAAGGCAAAUUUAAAUUAAUAAAUAAAAACACAAAAAAACUAUUUGAGCAGAUUUAUGAUUGUGCCACAAAAUGGGAAAGAAAAAUCCUUAACUUCAAAGUGGCAAGAAAUCCAUACCAUUUUAAAUGUAUCGACAUAAUCAACUAAAAUAGCCAAUUUAGGUAAUUCUUCAUUGUUUUUACAGUAAAAUACCUUAGUCUGUGCUGUAUGUGAAAGCUUCAGAAUGUUUCUUCUAGUCUCAAUGGGUGACCUUUUCUUUACACACAACUGUAAAUCAGUGGCGGAACUAAUUUGGUGAGGGCCCUGGUGCGAGAAAUGUUUUGGGCCUCCCUCCAGCGCCAGCGUAGCCAGAAGGUAAAUAAUCUAUACAGGUGUAUUUUUGUGUGUUGUGUAGUGAAACAAAAACACACUCUGACGCAUAAACACAGGUACACAUACAUAGAUACACUGAGACAUUGACCCACACAGAUACACACUGACUUAUACAGACACACAGAUGCAUACAAAUAAACAUACGGGCACCUACACACUAACAUACAUACACAGAUACACAAACUGACAUUGACACGGACAUAAGCACAUUUUGAGGCAUACACACACACACUCAGACACACACAUAUGCACACACUGACUCAGAUACACACAUAGAUAUAUAUGCUGACAGAUACAUAGAUACACUGACACACAUAUAAACACACUGACAUAUAAAUAGAAACAUACACACUCAUACACUGAUAUAUACAUACAAAGAUACACAUACAUGUCAUAAUUGUUAUAUUUUCAGCCAGCCUCCUAUUAACAUGCAUUUGAUGUGCAGGAGGUGGCUUCUCAUGGUCCUGCUGGCUGAGGCUGAUAUUAGUGAACUGGCUGGACUGGGUCAAUCUUUGCUCUCGCCCUCAUGUCCCUCCUCCUUCUCUGUCCCACGUGGCGCUCUGUAAGUUUCUGGGAGGUAGUGACAGGCUGUUACUUCCUCCCAUGCUUCCGAUGCUACAUGCAUAUCUGUUUUUAACACUUUUUUUUUUUUUGGUUUGAUCAACAACCUUUGCAAGGAGCAUAUAUUAGAGCUGUUUUUUUUAAUUUUUUUUCCAUAUAUAAUUUUUAUUAGAAAAUGUUAUCAGUGCAUAUAAUAACAAAACUGUAACAUUUUCAUAUAACAGAGUAAACAAUUGCUAUAUGACAAUUUGCAACUAUUUUUCCUAGAUUGACAUCAAAGCUUUGCUUAAACGUAUUAUGCUGUUGUCCUCCGGUAAUUGUAGCCUUAUUAAGUGGUGCCCUAUAAGCUUUUUAUUCCUAUCAGUUUCCUCGUUGUUAGCGUUGCUGUCCUGUGCCUUUCCAAUAUUUGUGGUCCAGCAUUCCCAAUCUCUCACAUACCUACUUACACAAUCCUGUGUUUUGCUAACCAUUCUCUCGUAAAUACUUAUCAUAUUCAACCUCUGUAUGAGAGUAUCUAACGAGGGAAUCGUCGUGCUCUUCCAGUGGAACGCCAAGUUUAUCUUAGCUACCGUGAGAAUGAUGAGCAAUACUUUGUGGUUGGGGUGGUGUAUCAGCCCAGGGAUGAUAUGCAGAAGGUAGCUGGUUGGCUUCUUUGGUAUUCUAUAGAGUGUGGUAUCAGAGAUAAAUUUCCCCACCCGGUCCCAGUAUUCUCCUAGGGCUGGACAAUCCCAAAAUGUGUGUAGCAAAGUGCCUAUCUGUGUUUUGCAUCUCCAGCAUAGCUCCGAUGCCUCCUUAUAGAUUUGCGAUAACUUGUAUGGCACCAGGUACCAUCUCAUGGUGAUUUUACAGAAGGCUUCCCAGAGUGAUAAGCUCCUUGAGGCUCGUUUAGUAAUUGACAUAGCUUCGUGCCAAAUGUGACAGAGGUAUCUCAUACCCCAGCUCCUUCUCCCAUUGGAUCAUAUAGGGCAUUUUGUCUUUUGCAGGCCCUUGGAGAAGAGCAUUGUAACAUAGAGAGAGAGGUUUCAAGUGUUUGGCUGAAAGCAUUGAGGGUACAUUCACUACCGCUUCGGGAAGUACAUCGUGUGUUGUGUCUAACCUGGAAAACAUUAAGUUUUUUACUGUCAUGUACAAAAAUAGGUCUCUCGUGGUAGCGAGUAUUGUUUUUGGAGCACUGGGAAUGGUUUAAUUUUAUCCCCCUCUAAUAGAUCAUUCACCUUUUUGAAUACCUUUUGUGACCCACGGUUUAAUCGUUAGGUCUGGGGAGAUGCUCAUCAGCACCUCAAUUGGUGCAGAAUGGAAUAGGGUGUCGGGUUUGAUAAUGGUUGAACUCCAGGAUCUCCAAGCUAGAAAUUUACUAGAAAUUUGGAAUUGUGUAGCAUAUGGGCACACUUGACCGGAGACAUCAUGUUGGACCAUAGGGAGCUAGCAAUGUUGUGUGGACUUAUGCAUGUAUUCUCUAGGGACAGCCAAAGCGGGCAGAGGUCCGUAUGUGAGAGUCGCAAAAUGCGUAUUCCUUGCGCUAGCCCCGUGGCCCUAUAAUAGACCCUGAUGUCUGGUAAUCCCAGCCCUCCCUUAAUAUAAGUGAGCCCUUAAUUACGGUAUGCCACUCGAGGUGGCUUUCGUUUCCACACAUGUGCAUUAAUGGUAGAUUGAAAUUGAUUAAUACGUUUGGUAGGCAGUGAUAUUGGCAACGUAUGAAAUAGGUAAAGGAUGAGAGGCAGGAUCAUCAGUUUUAGAGUUUAUGCGACCCAACCAAGAAACUUCUAAUUCAGCCCAUCUUACCAGUGAGGUUUUUAUCUUGUGUAACAAUGGAUGGUGGUUUUCUGUUGGAACUGUUUGGAGGGAUUUAGUCAGUUAAACCCCUAGAUAGGACAGUUUUUUUUCCCUCCAAUCAAAUGUGUAUAGAUUUUCUAGCUGGGCCACUACGACUUGAGGGAGAUUUAUGGGUAAAGCUUGGGUUUUGGUAAAGUUUUUAGCACAAGGUUCCUAUCUACACCUUUCCAUAUAUGCAACGGCACGCGCCAGGGAUUUCCGCUGUCCCCGAUUGUUUUUAUCCCAUGCUUGGAACAUAGAAACAUAGAAUGUGACGGCAGAUAAGAACCAUUCGGCCCAUCUGCCCAAUUUUCUAAAUACUUUCAUUAGUCCCUAGUCUUAUCUUAUAGUUAGGAUAACCUUAUGCCUAUCCCACGCAUGCUUAAACUCCUUUACUGUGUUGACCUCUACCACUUCAGCUGGAAGGCUAUUCCAUGCAUCCACUACCCUCUCAGUUAAGUAAUACUUCCUGAUAUUAUUUUUAAACCUUUGUCCCUCUAAAAUAAACCACUCUUACGCCAAAUAAACCAGAACACACAAAUUCCAGGUUUAGUUACCCCGGGUGGUAUGAAAAAAUUUGCGUUAUUCGUGGAUGAUAUUCUCCUGUUUCUUUCGGACCCAACAACUUCAAUUCCGAAGCUACUAGAAAUCCUGAACACAUAUGGUAGAAUCUCCUGCUAUAUUAGAGCUGUUAAAGCAUCACUUUAAUCCAAACAAUAACACUCUAAGUCACUCUCUAUUGUCUUCUAAUCAAAUUAUUCUAAAAUGAGAAAUUCUAAAUGAAUAUCAAAAUUUAGGCCAAAAUAGCCAAAUAAGAAAAAAAUACAUCCCCAAGUCAAUUCUGUUUUCAAUUUGGCUAUUUUGACUUUAAAUGUUAAGUUCUCUUUGAAUUCCGAGCUCAUUUCACUCUUCGUGAAUAACCCUGUUUGUUGUGGGGAAAAAACUGCUCAUAACAUGCCACAUCAUCCAGCUUAAUCGAUGCCCAUCUAGCCUCCCAUUGUUCCAAAAUAUAUUCAUGAAACCAUUUAUACAUUGUAGAGAAUUAACUCUGUUUAUAUUCAGAGAUUAAUCAAGCACCAGCAGAUGUUCAGUGAACUGUUAAAACCACUAUUGUCUCUCGAAUACACAAAAUGUAUACAGUGAAUGGCAGCAGUAAACAAAUUUACCAACAGAUGGCACUGCAAGAUUAGAAUGUUUUGCAGUUGUUGCUCAUAUAUACAUAUACACAUACAGAGCAGUCAUUAUUAGGAGAGAAUUGUAGUAGCCGAUCGUAUGCAAGUUACCCUCCCACCUCCACCAUGGCACCCUCUCCUCUUGAUAAAAAUUUCCAGUUGUUGGUCUGUUUUGCUUUGCGUGUCUACAUAUGUCUGCUGUGGUGCCGCCUGCCAAGACCCCCUGUAUGGCACGUGUUAUUCAUGAUGUGUGUAAACAGUCUGACACAUUAACAGAGUUGCACAACGACUCUUCCUCGAGUGACCCAGCAGUGAUCGAUUUAAGUAAAUGAAAGCAGGAUAUUUAUUGUGGUGAUACAUUUUUUAUUCUUUAACUGUUAAACCCAGGCUGUAAUAAACUUAGGUUUACGACAGUUACUUCUGGAUCAGUCCUUUAACCACUGCAACUUGCCAACAGUCAGCUUCUGUUGAAUGUCAAAUAAAUUAUUUGAUCCCACUGAAAAGUGUAUUCACUAAAAUAGACAGUGUGGGGAAUUGAAAUGAGAACUGACAUUUUCAUGAUAAUAAAGCCAAAUUGUGAGGGGGGAACUUCCAGGUCAGUGGUUUAACAAACUUUAUUUUUGCAAAAAAUGUGCAGUUCCCUGGUCAAUUCUAAACUUUAUGAGCUCUGUAAGGUUUAUUAUUUUCUACUUUAAGCAAGGUCCGUUGUCAGUGGAUCUUUUGCCUUGAGAGACAGGGCCGUGGCAAGGAUUUUUGCCGCCCUAGGCAAACAAAAAUAGGUUCAGGCUGCAGUCUGGCUCCACCGGUCUGGGGUUAAAACAGGCUCUCUGGAGGCAGUGCUAUCAAAAACAACGAACAGGAAGCAGCUACAUUUUUUGGGGCCCCUUACACAGAUCACGGUCUGAGCACCCAGGGCCUCACUGUGAGUAUGCCUACAAGACCUGCCCAUAAGCCUGAUGCUUACAAGGCCCAUCCAUGAGUUCGCUCACAGGGAGUGGAGUGUAUGUGUGUGUGAAGGGGAUGUGUUAUGUGUUAUUGUAGAGGAUGUAAUGUGUGUGUUCUUAUGUAAUGUAUAGGGAUACCAGUUUGUGUGGGUGUGUGUAUAGGGGAUGCAGUGUGUGUUUGUGUGUAAACAAUGCAUUGUGUGUUUCUGUGUGUGUGUGUGUGUGUGUGAGAUGCAUUGUGUGAAUCUGUGUUUGUAUGUGUAAGGGAUGUGCUUGUAAGGAGUGCAUUGAGUGUGUGUAAGAGAUGCAUUAAGAGAAGCUGUGUGUGAGAGUAGGGAUACAUUCUGUGCAUGUAUGUUUCUGUGUAUGUUUAAGGAUGCAUUGUGUGUGUGUAGUGUAAAAGAGAGGGCUUGUGUGGUAGGAUAGGGGCUGAGAGGGGAGCAGCUCUUUAUUUUUAUUAUAUUUAUUUUGUUAAUAUAAUUUGUUUUUGUAUAUUUUUUUUCUUUACAUUUUGUGUCUCACACUCCCCUUUAUCUAGAUCUCUUAGAAACCCCCUGUGUGUCUCUUAUCCCCCCUCUUUGUAUGUGUCCUACAUCCAGGGCCGGAUUAACAUAGGGGCUGAUGGAGCUGCAGCUCCAGGCCCAAGCCCAUGGAAUAGGCCCAUUUAAAAAGAAAAAAAGUUUUUUUUUUUUUUUUUUUACACACUACUCUUAGGUUUGCUACCUGAUUGUUAUUUUACUGGCACAGCCGGUAUUUGAGACUGCCUGGCCAUGCCGGUAUUGCAGUAAUACCCGCAAUACAAAUGCAGAUAUUUUUCUCUGUAUAAACAGAGAUUACUCUGCAAUACCAGCACCAGCCAGUAGGUGUCACUGUGUGUGGAGAGGGGCAGGGAUAGGAAGUUACAGCAUAUCCCUCCCUGCUUCUCUCUACUCACUGAUCGGCGGGGGAGCAUCUACACAGCACAGAGAGUCCAGACAGCUGCUCACAGCCUGCAAAGACAGACUACAGCUCAGGGAAGUGAGGGAUGAGGGGAAAGGCAGCAGGGAGACAUGAGGACACUAAGGGACUGUGAGACAAGGGGAUGCUGAGACACAUGGGGACGCUGUCAGACAUAGGGACAUUGGGAGACACAUUGGGACAUUGGGAGACACAUGUCUCCCAGCCAGUGUCCCUAGUGUCUGUGUUCCCAUGUCUCCCAAUGUCUCCUAGUCUCCCAGUGUCUGUCCCUAUGUCUAUCAGUGCCCCUAGUGUUCCCAUGUCUCCCAGUGUCCCCAUGGCUCCCAGUGAGGGUGGGGGGAUAGGGGGCACCCUCAGGGCACUAUAGUGUCAGGAAAACCGCUUUGUUUUCCUGACACAAUAUAGUGAUCCUUUAAUGUCCCCAUGUCUCCCAGUGUCCCCAAAUGUCUGUGUCCCCAUGUCUCCCAGUGCCCCAAGUCUAUGUCCACAAGUCCCCCCAUGUCUCCCAGUGUCCCCAUGUCUCUCUAUGUCCCCUAGUAUCCUAGCGACACAGGACACACUGAGGCAUGGAGACACUGGGAGAAAUGGGGAGACUAGGGGACUGGGCGACAUGGGGACACUGACACUGUGGUACAUAGGGACACUGAUGCCAGGCUGGGCUUACAAUUCUUUGGACAGACAUGUUCGCCCCUUUUGGCAGUUCUGGUCACGUUAUUCACGUCAGUGAAUAACGUGACCAGAACUGCCAAAAGGGGCGAACAUGUCUGUCCUUUUACCUCGCCCAUUGACUUCCUGCUUCACUGGGCACUGCUGUUAGGGGGUAUGGAUUUACUUGAAAGAUGAAAGCAUAAAUUAGAGAGAGAUUAGCAUAGAGUAUGUGUUUUUUUUUUUUUUAUAGCUACAUCAUUUGAGUUUCCCUCCAACACCAUCUCCAAGAUACAUGACGCUUGAGAGGUAUGACUGUGUUAGUGUUUUUGGUCAAUAAGAUUAUGUAAUUAGGCCCCAUUAUAAUUGUCAGCACCAGGCCCACUGGGCUCUUAAUCUGGCCCUGCCUACAUCCUCCCAACCCCUUUGCGUGUCUUACUCCCCCAAGCCCCUUUGUGUCUUACUCUUCCCAGCUCCUUGGUGUGCCUCUUCCCCCCCUCCCCCAGAACCCCUCUGUGUGUCUCCCUCACAAGUAACUCUGUGUGUCUCUCUCCUGAACCCCUCUGUGUGUCUCUUUCACCACUUCCUCAGCCUUUCUGUGUCUUCCACUUCCCCGUCCCUUUAUUAUCUCUUCCACUUCCCCCGUCCCUUUAUUAUCUCUUCCACUUCCCCGUCCCUUUAUUAUCUUUUCCACUUCCAACGUCCCUUAGUUGUCUCAACUCCACUUCUCCCAUCCUGUCCCUUAGUGUUGUCCCCUCCCCUCCCACCUUAGUGUUGUCGCCUCCCCUGCCCUCCUGUCCCUUAGUUCUCUCCCAUCCCCUCCUGUCCCUUAGUGCUCUCCCCUCCCCUCCUGUCCCUUAGUGCUCUCCCCUCCUGUCCCUUAGUGCUCUCCCCUCCUGUCCCUUAGUGCUCUUGCCUGCUCCCCUGUCCCUUGGUGCUCUUGCCUGCUCCCCUGUCCUUUGGUGCUCUUCCCUGCUCCCCUGUCCUUUGGUGCUCUUCCCUGCUCCUCUGUCCCUUGGUGCUAUUCCCUGCUCCUCUGUCCCUUGGUGCUCUUCCCUGCUCACCUGUCCCUUGGUGCUCUUGCCUGCUCCCCUGUCCCUUGGUGCUCUUGCCUGCUCCCCUGUCCCUUGGUGCUCUUGCCUGCUCCCCUGUCCCUUGGUGCUCUUGCCUGCUCCCCUGUCCUUUGGUGCUCUUGCCUGCUCCCCUGUCCUUUGGUGCUCUUCCCUGCUCCCCUGUCCCUUGGUGCUCUUCCCUGCUCCUCUGUCCCUUGGUGCUCUUCCCUGCUCCUCUGUCCCUUGGUGCUCUUCCCUGCUCCUCUGUCCCUUGGUGCUCUUCCCUGCUCCCCUGUCCCUUGGUGCUCUUCCCUGCUCCCCUGUCCCUUGGUGCUCUUCCCUGCUCCCCUGUCCCUUGGUGCUCUUCCCUGCUCCCCUGUCCCUUGGUCCUCUUCCCUGCUCCCCUGUCCCUUAGUGGUCUCCUCUCUCCCCCCCACCACCCCAGGUCCUUGGGUGGUCUCUCCCUCUCCGCCCUCAUUAGUGGUCUCUCCUCCCCACCCGUGUCCAUGGUGAUUCUCUCCUCCUCUACCUUCCCAGAGUCCCUUAGUGGUCCUCCCCCCCCUCCCAGUCGUCUCUCUCCCCCAAGGUGUCCCUUAGUGGGUCUCCCCCCAGUGUCCCUUGGUGGUGCCGAGGUGUCCCUUAGUGGUCUCUCUCCUCCCCCAGUGUCCCUUGAGUGGUCUCUCGCUUCAUCCUUCCCCAGUGUCCCUUAGUGGUCUGUCUUCCUCUCCCUUCCCUCCCCCCAGUGUCCAUUGGUGGUACAUCUCCUCCUCCCUCCCCCCCUCCGUCUCCUCCUCUCCUCCCCCCGCAGUGUCCCUUAGUGGUCUGUCCUCCUACCUCUGUGUAGCGUGGCUGGGCAGCGGUACAGGAGCUUCUUUUACCCGGCCGAACUGACAGGAAGUGCUCACUGAGAGAACACUUCCUUUCAGUCUGGCCGGGUAAAAGAAGCUUCUGUACUGCGGUCCGCGCCGCCUGGCAAUGCUACAUUAAGUGACUGGCAGGAGGGAGCGCGGGUCACUCAAAUCUUGCACCCUGCAGGCCGGUGCGCCCUAGGCGGCCCCGUUGAGAGUAUUUUGUCAAAGUCAAUGCAGGAAGUGUGGGCCAAUGACUGAGAACUCAUGGAGGUUCCCAGUUGUGCCCUGCCAAACGUCAUGCCUAUGCUCUUGAUAUUACUGUAUCUGAUCCAAAUACCAAUCUUGAAGUGGGAUCACCCACAUGGUUGGAUCAGGCCAGAUGAAGCAUCCUCUGAGUUUAUUCUACAGUAUGGUGUCCAUUAAGCAGCUACAUUUGUGAGUUUAUUUAGGCUUUGACCUGUACCUACUCCUGUUUCAAGUCUGACUCUGAGGACCCUGCAUUGCAGACUUCCAAACCACCUUGAUAAUUCUAGAUUCCCCAAGUGUGGCAAUUGUAAUUGAGGUGUUGAGGUCUUUAAAGGAACACUUUAGAGUUAGGAAUACAAAGUUGUAUUCCGAACACUAUAUUGUCCCUUUGCCCCUGCACCCACCACCCACCACCCACCCCACUUAUGUAAAGGGUUAAAUAAAUUAAUAUCUUACCUUCUUCCAGCGUCGAUGUCCCAUGGCUCUGUGCCGUCUUGAGUCAAUUGGGGACAUAAUGGGCACGCACAACCAGCAGUUGAAGACGAUGGACUUCCUAAUGCAAAGCGUGAGGUGGUCCAGUGUUGUUUCACUAAGUCUCUGCACGUAAAUGCAGGAUGCGUCUCUUGUGGCUGUCUGGUAGACAGCCACUAGAAGCAGUCCUAAUGCUGCAAUGUAAACACUGCAAUUUCUCUAAACCUGCAGUGUUUUAUAUUGCAAGGUUAAGGGAACAGGGACAGGGCACCCGGGCCACUUCCAUGAGAUGAGGUGGUCUGGGUGCUUUCAGUGUCCAUUUAAAUAGAAUUCCAUGUUUAAUGACAGGUUUCUGUUUGUUUCCAUAUAAAUAUAGCAUGAAGGUUGCAAUUUUCUUUUAAUUAAUAAAAGUACUGUUUGUGAAUAGAACACACUUCUUAGGAAUUGUUACUGUACGUUUAGAUUAUGUUUAAAUCUGUUUACAUUGUAACUCUCAAGGUAGAGGUGAAUGUAGCAAAAUGUAUGUUGGCCACAAAUAUUUCUUAGCAGCUUGAAAGUUUGUAGUUAGUUGCACAGUGUCUCAAAUAUGACUAUUCAGUGACCAAUAAGAACACGUAAAUUUAAAAAGCAUACAUCCAAUGCUGCUUUUAAAGGAGAAAAGGGGGACCAGCUCUUGAUAUCUGUAGAACUUACGUUUCUGUUUGCAGUGUAAGUUAUAUUUCCUCAACCUGUUCCCAAUAAUGUCUCACUCAGCCAACCCCAAUUGUGUCUGGAGCUUUGUUUCCAGUAACAUGGCUGACCUGUCUGUACAGUUUGUUUGACUUCCGCAGCCUUAAAUCUGCAAUGGCUCGCUGCAAGGCUGCCAAUAGGGGGGAAGGCAAAUGCUAGAAUGCCACAACCUCACAUCGGUUUAAGGCUGCAAAUGAAGGAAAAGCUGAACAAACCAGCCAUGCUACUUCAUGAACCUGUGUGUGGCAAGAGUUCUGGUCGGUUGUGGAGUUCUGAUCUCCGUAUCUGUGUCCAUUUAAAUUGUGAGACUGAUUGAAAGGGUCAGAUCUCUGUUCUAAAUGGUCAGGUCUCUGUACUUUCAGCCCUUUUGCAGAGGCCUCUUGUCUGUCCAUUGUUAUCCUUUUUAUCUUUAUUCCUUGUCUUAAAAUCUGUCUGGUUUACUGUUAACCCUUUUAUUUCUUGCCUCUCAAGUUUUCUUCACUCAUCUCUUACUUUUAUAUUCUUCCCGCUGCCAUCUUGGUACCCAACAUUACACAAAUCUUAUUUUUCUCCACUUUUCUUUUAACAGUUGGAUCAAGCUCUACAAGACCAUUUCCCAAUCUAUAAGUCAUUCAGGUUUAAAGGCAGCAUUGGACCUGUCCGUGUGCACCUGGUCAGCUACCAGUCCUUCUUCAAACUUCUAGUGUUGGCCGCCUCUCUCUCUGGAGCUCCUCUAGAUCACAUACAGCCCCCCCGAACACUGAAAUACAAGAACCUGGCUGAAAGUAUGCAGAAACAGGUUCUUUCCUGAGCUCUUCCUGUCUGAUAUCUUAAAAAUAAACUGUGACUGAAGGGGGGAUGGAUACAACGCCCACUUAUUACGUAAAAAAAGGUCUAUGUAAUUACAGCACUUUGCAUUGCUGUGGGAUGGAACAUAUUAUCAUACCCCACUACUAGGGAUAAAUGCUUAUGUCUUUCUGUAAAGUAUAUUCUGCACAAAAAAGUGAAUCAUGCAAUCUGAUGGAGACAAAAUGAUAUGUCUUUGUUCGCAUUACAUCUUGCAUAUAUUUACAUGAGAAGUAUUCAAAUGAAUAUGUAUUUGUACUCACACAUGCAGUAGACAGGUAUAUUCUCUAUUCACACACACUGAAUGCUAAAAAAGAAUAGACCUGUUUAACGUGUAAAUUCAUUCUCACUCCAUAUAUAUUUAUUUUAAACCGUAUAUUUCCCCAACACUCUCAGACUUUAGGAUACUUAUUGAAGAGUUUAACAUGUGAACUUAUAGGAAAUCUAAAGUGAAUUUCAAAUUUGAGACCAUAUUAGCCAAAAACUGAAACCAUUGCUGGCAUGGAGAAUUUUCUGCAAUUUAGCUAUUGUGGCCUAAUAUGUGGAAUUCACUUUUAAUUCCAAAAAACUUAAUUAAUUGUGAAUAUCGUGGAUAGCCCAAGUUUAUUGAUCCAAGGAGAGAUCUAUCUGACUACAAUUCUGAGAUAGAGAAUUUUUAAAAUGUAUUUUUCGACUAUUUUUAUUUUGUAUUGGUCUUUUAUUGAUUACAGAGUAGUACAGAAGUAAAGAAUUGACUGCUUUGCCAUUGCAUUUACAUAGUACACAUAACCGUUGCGAGACAUUCACAAUGAACAGUACAGGAACGUCAGAUCAUCAAGUUUGCCAGAAGAUAUAUCAUUUGAAACUUUAGCAUAGAUCUUUACAUCCAGUAUGUGUCAAGGAUGCACAGCUAAAAAUAAAAAAUUAAGAAGCCAAUACGAAAACGUACUGUUUCCCAAUCUGUUUGCAAAAUUUAUGCCCUAUCCCCUGCGAGGGAAAACUGUUUUGUUUAUUUGAUGACCUUAAUAAAUACAGAUUUACCUAAGAAUGCCCAGCUAGUGAUGGGUGUACCCUAGAGUGUGCAUGGGCUGUUAAAAUCUCGGGUCCAACUAUCUUGCUCACAGUGUAGUGCGGAGGGAGGCUAGUAGUUUGUCAUUACAUUGAUAUGGCUUGUCGAUAGGGGUGUCUUUGUCCAUGUAGUAGUUAUCUAUUCUUGUCAGUUGUGAGGCCGUAAGUGUGUACCAUAGGAUUAGAGGUAGAAAGGUAAGAGAAAGAGAUCAAGAAGAAGAGGAAUAGUGGAGAGAGGGGGAAGAAGAAAAACAAAGACAGGGUAGGGGGAAGGGGAAAAAGAGAAUGAAAGGUAUAGGGAAGUGACAGGAGUUCUAGAACUCAAUUGGCAACUACGACUCAAUAUCGGGUGGGUCCGAUUAGUAAAGACGGGAUAUAAUAUACCCCAUUCACCACAGUGGAUCCCGAUUGUAUUUACAGUGAGUCAGUCACGCAGGGUUUUGUGGCAGACCCCCAACCCACCAAGAUCCACUCCCUGGCAACAAGUGGAGCGUUAAGUGGAGUGGGCUAUCUCGAACUACCAGCUACUACCAGAAAACUCAGAUCUCACCAUUGCUAACCUUUCGUAAUGCUCCAGCAGGCCACUGCAUUCCACCCCCACACCCCUAAGGAAAUCACAGGGGUCCACAAGCUCACAUAUAGUGGGGGCCCUGAACUAAUUGGCAACCCACCAUCCUUCCUCCACCUCUUCCCCCCACCUGUCUCCCUGCGGGGUCCUAGGGCAAAGCCCAGGGGACCCCUCGAGGAGAGCUCAGGAGCCGCGUACAUUCUGCUGUGGUAACAAUAGUAAUGACCCCAUCAGUUCACGUUAUGGAACCUUGUCAAGGUGAAGUCCGGAUCCAGGGCCGUUCCCCAGAUGCAAUACGGUCACGCUCAGCCUAGUUUCCACCACCUGCUGGUGUAGGGGGACGCUGGGGACCUCUGGACGGGGCAACCAGUGCGCAGGGACAGUCACUGAAUAAGCUGUACACGCCAACUAAAGUGUGGAGCAGGAAAGUGAACUUGGGAAGGCCAUCCCUGGGAGUCAAGAAACAACCCAGCAGAAAAGUCCCCAGAGUUUCAAACAUGAAAACCCACCCAAAGGGGGAGGCCGGGGCAUAGUCUGAGGGCAAUAUUGAGCCAGAGUAGCCACAGGAUCAAAGCAAAGGCUCAGGCCUUACCCAUAGCGCCAAGAAAAAUAGGAACUAUUGUGUGUGGUUGAGAUUCCCCUCACAGGAACAACAACUGCAGGGGAGCCUGCGUUAAGUCUCAGGCAGGUGGGAAGGUAAUGAGGGCCAGUCAUGACUGAAGGCUAGGAAGUGGGCACCUCCAGUGGUCCAUGUAGCUUCAUAAACUUUCAUUCCUCAGUGCCGUUUGCUACGCCUCUUCUACGCCCCAGGUCGGCGUCACUCAGUCCAGGUCGGUUUCCUGUUGACCUCACCAGGCUGUUAGGGCAGGGAGGUGCGCCCUCAAGUAUCCAAUUUAGUAUGGCUACUGCCGGUGAAUGUGUUGAUUGGAGACAUCUCGGAACAUCGUUGGGCCAUCGAAUGAUGUGCCAGGUGUUGCCAACUUUCGCCUGUAAGCUGAAGGGGAAUCCCCAUUUAAAUGGGAUCUGCUUGCCAUGCAGCAUGCGGGUCAGGGGUCUCAAAGCCCGUCUGGCAUCCAGGGUGAGGAUGGACAGGUCCUGAUACAGUUAGAACUGGGCAUCCAUGUAGGGGGUGAUUUGCAGCGGCCUGGCCGCUUUCACGAUCACGUUCUUUAGGGAGAACGAGAGUAAGCAGCAUAAUACAUCUCUCGGCUGGCCAUCCCCGCUGGGUUGGUCAAAGUGCUCUGUGAGCCUGUUCUAUGCCAAAAUCCUCAGACGCAGAUUCUCCAAGGACUUCCCAAGCACUUCCUCUUUUUUGCUACCUGAAGAAAUUACAGAAACGGCCAAACAAGAUCAGUAUCUGAACAAAUAGGCCAAUAAACCGUUGGGGAAAAAAGUCAUAUCGCUAAUAAAAAUGAGAAGAAAACAUAGUAAUAUCAGGAAGUAUUGAAAGGCAUAAACAAAUCAAGACAAGCCAAUGGAAAACGAAUAAGGUAUAUUAUUAUUUUAUUAUUUAUAUGAACCAAAGCAUUGCAUAUAAAAGGAAAAACACUGUAUAAUGUGCAGUUUAUAGAAAAUGUUAAAUGAACCAAUCAACGCCCCCAGCGUGCAAGCUUGCGUCCGACUCUAUGACCAGGUCUGGUGUGGAUCCAAAGAUGGCCCUCUUGUUCCAUGUGCCCAUGUACGACAGCCACCAAGUCAUCUUUUCCCUGGCCUCUGCAUCCAGUGAGAUUAUAGUCUUAUAAGAAUACAAUUACCCAUAAGAGCUAACUGCACACCUGUUAGCUUAAAGCCGCACUGUUAUGCUAUUAGGGAGGUCAGCAUCUCCAGGAGAGACUUCAUUGAUGUCUUCGGAAGGCCCCUGAUGCCUAUGUUAUUGAGCCCACCCCUGUUGUCUAGGUCCUCAACCUGUUGGCGCAGUUCAAGCAGGACUGAUCCCUGUCUUGCAGUGGCUGUAUCAGCCUCCUGUUGGCUCUGCAUUGUCAUUAGUCUGUCAGUCUCCAACUCCUCUACUCUGGUCUCUAGGGCCAUGAGAUCUCUCUGUACCUCCAUCAUCUCCUUGCGGAUCGCCGUCCGCAGUUCAGUCAGCAUUUCAGCCUUGUCCGUGAAAGUGAACAAGUUGGCAGAUGUCAAGGCCAGUUUAGCCGAGAUUUGUGUAAGCGUCUCACCACUGGCUAGUCCAUGUGCAGAACUUACCAUGUUCUCCGAUCCAGGCAAGGAUGGUCUUGCCUGGGUCAUGGGUGCUCUGCUGGCUAUGUGGCGUUGCGAAUAUUUCAUCCAAGGGACCGGAGGCAUGCCUCGGGGAAGCAGUGUGAGAGGAUCCUAGGGUAAGUACCAUUCUUGACUUCCCCAUUUUGGCGUUGUUAAGCAGUUUUUAGGGGCUUUUGUGAGCUGAGGCUUUGUAACUGUGGGAGAGUGCGACUUACUCCAUUUCAAGUCUGGCCACGCCCCCAAGAAGGAAUGUUUUGUUUUGUCUCAUUUGUUGUUUUUUUUCUUUUUUUGGAUAACCGGCAAAAGCAGAUGUGAGAGGCUGAACUUGAUGGAAGCAUGUCUCUAUUCAUCCUAUGUAACUAUGUAACCCUGUUUAUCCCUCUUAGAAGCAUUAACAUCUGACUUCCCCUCAAUUCUGACUUUUGUGAAUAACCCUAUCAAAGUGAAUAUCGAAGUUUUAAAACUUUUCCAAGUCCAUUUUGCGUUCAGUGGUUAUUUUGGCAUUACACUGGAAAUCCACUUUCAAGUCCUGGCAAUUCUCACGUUAUUGAAGAACUCUGUGUCACUGGUGGCGGUCCGAAGACCGGGACUCCUGUUGAGGAUGAUAGGAGUCUCAGCGUGGAAAUGGACAAUCCGGGUUUGGUGCCGGGUAACCACACGCUCCCUGGUGUAGAGCACCAAGGUUUGUGCGGCCUCAUACCAGAGCCCUGAUGCAGCUAAAGCGGGUGCCAGGAGCUAUUAAGCAGAUAUGUAUCCAGUACUAGAAACAAGGCAAGACUGGAACAGGCACCAAACAAGGAAACAAGACAAGAUUAGAAGAACCCAGAACUGGAGCAGGACAGAAAGCAGAACCCAGAACAUGUACACAAUAAAUGAGGGAAACAUGGACAGGACAAAAUAAAACCAGACAAGAGAUGCAAGGCAAAACAACAGGAGACAUAACUUAUUACUAUAUAUGUAAUAAACCUUGGAGAUUUAGACAUACAUAAAUGGCCAAGAUGUAUGCAGCCCACCACUGCGCCAAAGUACUCCAAUUACAGUGGGUCAUAAAACACACACAGUACUUGCCUGCAAAGAAAGGAGCAUUGGAAUUGAGACCACUGCUUGCAGGAACAGACUGAAACAAAAAAGAUUAAUGGCAAAGGAAUGGGUGUGGCAAAAAAUAAAAUUAAAGGAAUCCAUGAGACUGGGAAUUCCAGGAACGGAAUAAAGGAAUGAACCCAGAAAACCCAGCAUAAUGAAAACCAGACAUAGACUACAAAACCAGAAAAACCAAGAAAAACUAAAUAGAAUUGUAAAAAGAGUACUGGAUACCAGAAGCCAAGGCCAGACACCUGUGCAGAGUGGAACAGUCCGUGAGUCUACUAUGGAUCAAGCCAAAGAUUUAUGUAUUCCAUAUAGAGGUAUCUCUGCAUGUCACAUAGAAGAUCACGCAGUGCUCCACUACAAACUUGGUGUGAGCAUAUCAAUCCAUCUGGAUCUUUACUUUCCAUAACAAACUAUUUAAUGAUUCUGCUUCUUUUUUCCAAAUCAGUUGUAUGUGUUUUUUUCCACAUUUCCCUUUGGGCACUGUGAAAAGAAAUCUUCGCUGUGUAUUUUCUAAAUUACGAUCAUAUUUCUAAAUUACCCACCAACCACCACAUAAUUAAAAGAUGUAUUAUUACAAACCCUAAGCUUUUCAUCAGGCAAACGAAGUUCUUCAGGGGACAUAAUUUAAUUAUCAUCUGCAUGGCUAAGAGAGAACUAUUCCACUAAUUUAAAUACUACAAAUUGAUUAUUUUUAAUUAUAAGGCACACUGGAACAAGACGCAAAGUAGCUUAAGGGAUGUAUGGGUAUGAAUAUAAAUAUAUUUUAAAUGCAGUACAUUGUUUUCUUGCUUAUUUUAUUUAGAUUUCUAAUAAACUAUAUUUUAAGUUCAAAUCAACAGCCUAAUGAACAUACUGUAAUUGAAUUGGCCAUUUUUGUUUUGCGGCUUAUCUAGCCUUUACCAAAGCGUACACCUUUAUUUAUUAUUAAAGUCCAAGAUAUAAUUCACCUUAAAUUUACAAUGUUAUAUUUUGUUUCAUAAUCAAUACCUUAAAGGACCACUAUAGUGAUGUUUUCCUGGCACUAUAGGGUCUCUAGGUCCCCCCCCCACCCUUAGGGUCCCCCUCCCGCUGGGUUCUACUGUGAGGAAGGGGUUAAACACAUACCUUUUCUCCACCGCCGGGCUCCCUCAAAUCUCCGUCUCCUUUCCCGUCAUCGGCUGAAUGCGCAGGCGCGGCCAGAGCAGCGCGCGCAUUCAGCUAGUCCAUAGGAAAGCAUUCUCAAUGCUUUCCUACGGACGCUGGCGUCUUCUCAGUGUGAAAAUCAUAGUGAGAAGCGCGGACUGCCUCUAGCGGCUGUCAAUGAGACAGCCACUAGAGGCUGGAUUAACCCUAAUGUAGA